AUGUUCAAGAAACUAAAGCAAAAGAUAAACGAGGAGCAAUCGCCGCAAAGGAAUGCGCAGUCACCCCAACAGGCCCAGGUUGGUUUACCAGUUGUCAAGCUCAGCUGUUCGAACUAACAUGUCAUGGUAGCUAGUAGGGCAGAACUAUUUCGGUUUUGAUUUGCGUAGCUAGCUAGCUAGAUAACUAGCGCGCUACCUAGUUUGAUACCUUAAUGUUUUCGGUCAAACACAACAACCGUAGCCACAUUCAAAUGUCUAGUAUCUUCCACUAUUCUGCAAAACGACUAAUUUGCUAGCAUCUCAGAACCUCAGAGUCUGGAGAUUCCCUAAAAACACGCCCCUUCGAUAUAACUACAACCGGAAGUGACCUUUUUAGUUGCAGGUUAGGAGAACGCCUAAUUCUCCUAACCUGCUGCGUUCAAAACAACUGUGUACUCCAGAACUCGGAAAUCUCCGACUUCAGUGUGUUCAAGAUAACUGGGAGCUCCGACUGGGAAAAAUCGUUUUGAAUGGUCAUCCAACUUGGAAUUCCAACUCGGAAACUCUGGCAUCUUUCUAGAUCUCCGACUUUCCUACCUGAAAAUCACUGACGUCAUGAUUUUCUGAGUUCCCAGUUGUCUUGAAAGCGCCAUAUGUUCUCCUAACCACUGAGGUAAAGUAAGAACUCCUAACCUGCUACGAAACGUUGAAAGCCAGUGAUAUUGUUUUAUUGUUUGGCGCGAGGUCCUGUGGAGGUGUUUGAGCAACACUGGGCUGGACAGGAGCAGAGAUGGAUGGAAAGGUAGCUAGGGGGGUUAGGAGUUGAGGAGGAUGGGAAGGAGUGGAGUGGGAAAAGGUGGAGGUAAAGUAGUGAGACUAAAGGUUAAGAAGAAGAGGAAGCCUGAGGAGCCUUUGCAGGUCUUGUCGGAGGAAAGUAGUGAUGAGGGAGGUUAGGUUUUCAUUGUUGUACUAAGAGAAGUGGAGUUCAAGGUGCUGGUGAAAUUUAAGGAUGAGGGUGGAGUCACGGGUAUAUGAGUUACUAUGUGCGAGCUUAUGUUCCGAAACAUUGCGUUGCAAUAACUGUCAAAGGUUUGGGCAUGUGAUGGCGGUGUGUAAAGGCAAAAGAAGAUGUGUGAAGUGUGGGGAGAACAUGCAUAUGGGGAAUGUGAAGACGGGGUCCGGUUAAAGUGCUGUAACUACUAUCAACCCAUAGUGUGGCAUAUGGGGGUUGUGCAGUAAUGAAAAGACAGGUGUAAAUGUAGCAGGCGCGGAGUGAGCGUAAAAUCUCGUAUGCAGAAGCAGUGAAGGUAGUUCACACAGAAACAAGCGGGGCACCUAGAAGAGCAGGUAUUCCAUGGCAGAUUGAGAUGCAGGUUGGGAGUGAUGUAGGGAGCAGAGUGGAGGAGAACACAAGACUGGUAGGAGACAUGAGGAAGGUUGUUACAUUUGUAACAGCAGCAAUCAAUUGCACAGAAAAAUUACAAUCUAAGACUAAGAAGAUUCCGAUCAUAGUGGAGCAGGCAGUGAAGUAUCUUUGGAUCACAGGACUGACAUGGGAAAAUGUACAGGAUGACCUCAAUAAGAUUGAGAAUCAAUCCAGCCAGGAAUCAUGUAUUGGUUAAUUUUCAUAAUGGUGUUAAUCCUUCAAUGCAAUGCCAGAAGUUUGAUGGCUAAUGGGCAAUAGUUCAAACAGUUUCUUGAAGAGUUACCAGCCAAACCUGAUGUGACAUGGCUUAAACCUACUCUAGAUUUUGUAAUACAAGGUUAUGUUGCAGUCUGUAGAGGUAGGGGUGGCAGGGGCAGGAUGUGCUACCUUUAUAAAGCGGGGGAUCCCAUAUAGGUGUGUGGGAGAGGGAGUGGAACAGGAAUAUGUAGUGGUAGAAGUGUGGUUGGGAGGGGGGAAUAUGGUCAUAGUGAACUUUUACAACCCGUGUAAGACACUAGAGUUGAUGGCCCUUGAAUGUAGAAGGUCGAGAUGGGUAAUGUGGUGUGGGGAUUUUAAUGCUCAUAGUGCGCUCUGGGGAGGGUUACGUACUGAUGUAAAUGGACAAGUGUUGGAGGAACUACCUGAUGAGAAAGGGCUUUGUGAGUCUUAAUGAAGGCCGGGGAACCAGGAUUGACCCAGUAAUGGGAAAUGAAUCUGCUAUGGAUCUUACUCUGAACUCAAGUUCAAUGGCAGGCAGAUGGUAGAGCAUGGCGCUUGCAACGCCAGGGUUGUGGGUUCGUUUCCCACAGGGGGCCAGUAUGAAAAUGUAUGCACUCACUAACUGUGUAUGUUGCUCUGGAUAAGAGCGUCUGCUAAAUGACUAAAAUUAAAAUGAAAUGUAGUUGGGAGGUUGUGGAGGACUCUACAGGGGGUAGUGAUCACUAUCCUAUCAUGUGUACUGUAGGAAUGAGGGUGGAAGAUUCAGUAGGAAAUGGAUUGAGGAGAUGGAUAUUUGCAAAAGCAGAGUGUGGUCAGUUUCAGGAGUUGGGUGAACAGGAGCUGUCUGAGGUUAAUCUAAAUUCAGGUAAAGAAACAGUCAAUGAUGGAGUAAGAGGAGCAAUAGCAGGGGCCUGCAAGGCAUGUGAUUCCUAUGGGUACAGGGAGGAGAAGGAGCAAGGCAUGUGAUUCCUAUGGGUACAGGGAGGAGAAGGAGCAAGGCAUGUGAUUCCUAUGGGUACAGGGAGGAGAAGGAGCAAGGCAGGUGAUUCCUAUGGGUACAGGGAGGAGAAGGAGCAAGGCAGGUGAUUCCUAUGGGUACAGGGAGGAGAAGGAGCAAGACAGGUGAUUCCUAUGGGUACAGGGAGGAGAAGGAGCAAGGCAGGUGAUUCCUAUGGGUACAGGGAGGAGAAGGAGCAAGGCAGGUGAUUCCUAUGGGUACAGGGAGGAGAAGGAGCAAGGCAGGUGAUUCCUAUGGGUACAGGGAGGAGAAGGAGCAAGGCAGGUGAUUCCUAUGGGUACAGGGAGGAGAAGGAGCAAGGCAUGUGAUUCCUAUGGGUACAGGGAGGAGAAGGAGCAAGGCAUGUGAUUCCUAUGGGUACAGGGAGGAGAAGGAGCAAGGCAGGUGAUUCCUAUGGGUACAGGGAGGAGAAGGAGCAAGGCAGGUGAUUCCUAUGGGUACAGGGAGGAGAAGGAGCAAGGCAGGUGAUUCCUAUGGGUACAGGGAGGAGAAGGAGCAAGGCAGGUGAUUCCUAUGGGUACAGGGAGGAGAAGAAGCAAGGCAGGUGAUUCCUAUGGGUACAGGGAGGAGAAGGAGCAAGGCAGGUGAUUCCUAUGGGUACAGGGAGGAGAAGGAGCAAGGCAGGUGAUUCCUAUGGGUACAGGGAGGAGAAGGAGCAAGGCAGGUGAUUCCUAUGGGUACAGGGAGGAGAAGGAGCAAGGCAGGUGAUUCAUAUGGGUACAGGGAGGAGAAGGAGCAAGGCAGGUGAUUCCUAUGGGUACAGAGGGGAGAAAGAGUGACGCAGCUCCCUGGUGGACUGAAGAGUGUAGAAAAGCAGUGAAGAGUAGGAACAGGACUUUCAGAAAGUUGAAAAGGUCCCAUAAUUACCAACACCUGAUUCAGUAUAAACAAGCACAAGCAGUAGUAAGGAGGAUCAUUAGGACAGCUAAGAGACAGGACCACUCCUGUGGGAGAGAUAUUGGGGAUGAUUAAGAAGAUGAAUAGGGUCAGAUGAGAUUGGGAUCUCCCUGUGCUGCAAAGUAAGGAGAUUGUUGCAGUGAGAGAUAUGGAGACGGCAGAGAUGUUAGCCCAGGCAUUUGUGAAGGUGCACAGCUCAAAUAAUCUGACAGAAGAGGGGCGGCGUGGGAGAGUUGGUCAGAGGAGAACAUCCGGGGGUCCUGGAUUAGAGAGAGAUGGUAGGGGAUGCAUUGAAUGCCCCUGAGAUGAAGAGAGCAUUAGCUAAAGCUGGGGUAGCUGAUGGCUCAUCUCAGUGACACUGCAAAGGGGAAAGUAUUGGGCCUUUACAAUAAGGUGAGGCAGGAAGGGAAACUUCCUGGAAGUUGGAAGCAGGCUGUAGUGGUGCCGAUACAGAAACCUGGGAAAGACCCUACUAGUCCUUCAAGCUAUAGGCCGAUAGCGUUGACAUCUCAUGUAUGUAAAUUUAUGGAAAGGAUGAUAACGGAAAGGCUGACUUACUUUCUGGAGUGUAGAGGACUAAUGUCACCAGAUCAAAGUGGGUUCAGGAAAGGCAGGGGAACGAUGGAUCCUGUACUGUGCCUUGAGUCAGUCAUACGAAAGGCACAGGCAAAUAAGGAGGUGGUGGUAGCUGUUUUCUUCGAUGUAGAGAAGGCCUAUGAUGUGGAAGGAAGGCCUACUUAUCAAGCUGGAUGUCAUGGGGGUUGGAGGAAGGGUUUUUAAUUGGAUAAAGGACUUUCUUUUUGGGUGAUCAAUACAAGUGAGGGUGGGGAGCUCUGUCAGAAAGCUAUGCGGUAGAUAAUGGUACCCCCCAGGGAAGUGUAAUUAGUCCUUUGUUGUUAUCCAUUAUGAUUGACAAUGUAUUCUCCCAGGUGAGACCUGAUAUUGGGAGGUCAUUGUUUGCGGAUGACAGGGCACUGUGGAAGAGAGGGAGAAAUAUUACCCAUACAGCCAGGAGAGUUCAAGAAGCGAUCAGUGAAGUUGAGCAGUGGUCCCUCAGGUGGGGCUUCAAGUUUUCUAUGAGGAAGGUUGGGGAGGAUAUGUACUUGAAGUUGUAUGGAAGGAAUCUGGAGAGGGUGGGAGUGUUUAGGUUUCUGAGGGUCUGGUUUGACACUCAAAUGACAUGGGCAGAGGAUAUUAACAGAGUAGUUGUCAAAGGAAAGAAAAUAUUGAAUGUGAUGCGUUGCCUGUCAGGAAUGGACUGGGGGGCUGAUAGAAUGGCGUUAAAUGCUAUAUAUAGCGCUGUUAAGGUAAUCAAUGGAUUAUGGAAGUGUAGCAUAUGGAUCAGCGGCUCAGACAUCUUUAAAAAAACUAGAUGUAAUCCAGGCCCAAGCCCUAAGAAUAUGUUGUGGAGCACUCAGGACCUCCGCGGUGGCAGCAACACAGGUAGAGUUGGGAGAAUUGCCGUUAAAGUUAAGAAGACAACAGCUAACCAUGAUAUAUUGGGUAAAUCUUCAAGGACAUAAGGUUACACAUCCUACAAAAAAGGUGCUCCUUGAGUGCUGGGAACAUGAACAAAAUCUGAAUACAAGUUUUGGGUGGAUAGGCAAUGGCAUGGCCAGAGAGAUGGGGUUGUUGGGAGGGAGUUUAGCCCCUCGGUGGUUCUUCCUGCUAUCCCACCUUGGUUGCUCCCUCAGCCAGUGAUAGAUCUAGGGUUGCUUGAGAGGGUAAGAGCUGUUGAGGAAGGAGUAGAUUCAACACAAUACUAUGUUUUCUUGAAUAUAUUCACAUAUGGAUCUAAGGACCCUAAAACAGCUUUUAGUGUUCCUGAGUUUAAGGUGGCAGUGACAAAAAGAGCAACGGAUCAUUUAUCUGUUUACACAAUGGAGUUGAUGUCCAUACUCUUGGCUGCAGAGUGGGUGGAGGAGAUGAGGCCAGACAGGGUAGUCACCUGCUCUGACUCUUGUGCAGCACCAAUGACCUUAAAUUAAUUUGUGUCUCGGAGCAGACAGGAUGUAUUGAAUGAGGUUUUGCAGUGCUUGUAUAGGGUGAGACAGAUGGGGGUAUUUGUGAUGUUCCUCGUGGUACCAGCUCAUGUGGGAGUAGAGGGGAUUGAGGUGGAUGUUAUCGCCAAUUAGGCUCUUAAACAUCCUAAUGUUGAGAUGGAAUUGUCAAUCAGUAAAGCAUAAGCCAAGGGGUUGAUAAAAACAGUGGUUAAAAACAAAUGGCAAGAGUUGUGGGAAAGGGAAGACACCUGUAUAAGAUUCAGGAAAAGGUGGGGGCAGGGAGGUCCUCAGGCCGAGAGGUCCUCAGGCCGAGAGAAGGGAGGAAAGUGUAAUCACAAGGCUGAUACUGGGACACACAAGGCUCCAUAGUACAUUGAAAUUGGUGAGGAAACAUUGAUGGUAUGAUCAUUGUCAGGAGUAGAUGGAAACAGUGGAACACGUUCUAUUUCAGUGCCAGAAAUAUGGGAGGGAUAGGGAGCGAUUGUUAUUAGAUUUGAGGAGUAAUGGGGUUGAAGAACCAAGAUUUUAAGUGAACUGCUGGGGUAAUCUUCAAGGGAUGUAGUAUUUAAUUAUGUAUUUUGUUUCCUUAGGGAGAUGAAAAUAUUGGGUAGGAUUUAGACCUUCUCUGUCUCUAGUCCACACUCCAGUUCAGUUGGUGGCAGUAAUGCACCAUAAAGUUGGUUGCCAACUGCUAUAAAAUAUCCACAAAAGUCACUUCCGGUCGUAGAUGUAUUGUGUUUUUAGGGAGUCACAUCUGAGCAGCUCCGAACCAAAGUCUAGCUAGCUAGCUUGGCUAAUCUAUAUGUGACAUGUUAAAAACACAAUAACAGAACAAUAGUUAUUGUUUUGUGUACAUUUAAUCAAAUCAAUUGUAGCUGUCUGUGGAACUAUUUAAAUGUUCUCCAGCCAGAUCAUCUUUAAAUAAUUGAUUGAGUGGACUUGUUAAUACUGUAGCUACAGUUCCUUGUAGCUGUCUAGCCAGUCAGCUGGUGGCUUCAUUUGGACAGCUCCAUGCAUGUCACUCCUACUGGAUAAUCAUUGAAUUUUAACCCAUGAUAUCUGUGGAUCUCAAGGUAAUGUGUUUCCAUAGUCUGUGUCUAUAAAACCUGUCUGUCAAGCUGGCAAUGUUUACAGAAAAUAGUAGCCUAUUGUUUAGUAAGGGUAGCUUGGUCUGUUAGUGAGUCAACACUAGAAUCUUACCUAAAGAUAGCCAAGUAAACAACAAUAUUAUCUAGCUUUAACAGAUGCCUUUUUCUUAUGUGUAGUGUGAAAUCCUUACUCUGUGGGCUUGAACAUGUUGGACAAACGUGUUGUUUAUAUCAUGAUAAAUAUCAAUAAUUUUCCCUAAGAUUGGCCCUGGAGAGAGACGUAGCAGCCACACCCUCCCCUCCCUGCACCAAGAUGCCUCAGCCUCCCCUAGUGAUAGAGAGGUAAGACAUGAGUGUCAUCCAAUGAUGUAUGUAAUAUCAUCUGACCUACACUACAGUCUUCUGUUGAUAUGCUUUGGCUCUACACUGCAACAGCAGCUUGCACAGCCAGGAGAAAUAGGCCUACAGAAUGCACUGCCACCUUAGGAUCACUUUCUUGUAAGGAUUGCUUGCAAUAAUGUUAUAUUAGUCCUAGAUCUUACUCUUAGGGCUAGUUUCCCGGAAACAUAUUAAGCCUAGUCCUACCUGAACUACGAAAGACUUUCAAUGGAGAUUGUAGAAACUAUGAUUUAUCUGUGUUCAGGAAACUGGCCCUUACUGUUCAUCAUUAGACAUAGGCCUAGUAGAUCAGUGAUAUGAUGUGUAGGUCCCAAAGCCCUGGUUUACUUCUGUUCCUCUAUCACCUCUUGGAUCGAUGACUAAGGCCAGGGCUCUUCAACUCUGGUCCUGGAGGGCCGAAAAACGUUUGGUUUUCAGGGACUGAUUCAGACCUCGGACACCAGGGUCUUCAUUUAUCAAAAUUGCGUGUAUACUAUUCUAAAAUACUACUUACGAACGGAAUGUAGAAUGUUCGUACGAAUAGAAAAGGUGUGAUUUAUCAAACAGUUCUACGAGCCUCAUACACACACCGGUAGGAGAUAACUGUCGUGGAAAUUCUAACCAAAAGGAAGAUUGACUGUAGAUUCUUCAAACAACUUUAUUAUAAGAUUUGCAAAAAUUGAGCAGUUAGCAAUCACUCAAUGGUGCAGAGUUAAGGACCCAACGAACAGAGUUGGGUCUCAGCUUUUAUAGAAAAGUACAACUUUCUUUGUUUACGUGGCAGUUAGCAGAUGUGUGGAAACAGUGGCGGGGAACAUAGUGUAAAAGGUGAUUAGCUUUGCUGUGCAGACUAAGAUAUCUGACGUUGCCACAGCUCACACCAUUGUCUGUUCCUUCCUACACAUUUACACACAGCUGAGUUCCUGCAGAUAGUAAAACUUGGGAUGUGUCACAUGCUGCGGUCGCUCCCAAACGUCUCUUAGCUAUACGCCCAGUCUUAUGACUAAGUCACACAAAGACAAGUUUGUAUCAGUAAACAAACACAAACUAAUAACAAUAGACAAUUCUUUAAGUAAAAAAACAGCAUAACAUGUCUAAUUUGUAAUUUCCCCCCACAUAACCAUUGAUAAAUACCAAUUGUUCUCAGUGCUCAUGCACAACCUUGGCUAUUUGCAUUUCUAUAUAUGGUCAAAAUCAUCCCUUUAAAGCCAGUGGGGAAUAUACAACACCAUACUAUGGAAUAUAACGUCGUAACCAAAAAAAGCUAUGAUAAAAUAACGUUUCCGAGAUUAGAUAGAGGUGCUAGUGUCAGAGAUUGAGUACAACGAAAGGUUUUAUUUGACUCGCUCAGUUGUGGCUUGACCAGUAAAAAUAAAAACAUAGCUAUAAAGAGAAGACCAUUAAGACAAUUAGUUGCUUUAGCAAUGACAAAUAUACUUCAAAUGAGUAGGCAACACUCACCAAUAAGCCAUCCGUCCUCAACAGCUCCCUCAUGUAGGCGUAUAGGCCAACAUUGCUGUUCUGCAGAAUGAAAGGGUUGUGUGUACCACCACGUUCAGCAACGUCUUUUGCACAUCACAUAACCUAUCACCUGCACAUUAAGAGUGGAAGCCUUUUCUGUUCACAUAGUUGAACUCGUAUUGGGAUGGUGCUUUUAUGGCGAUGUUUGUGCCGUCUGUUGCACCGUUCGUAUUUGGGAACCCAUUGAUUGCAAAGAAACCCAUCUUGACUUCAACCUGUUGUGCGAUGCUGUAUGGAAAUUGUAUGUUUGUUUUGCUGCUGAUUUGCAUCCAAAACAUUGGCUCAUCGAGGGCUGUGAGAUGCCGAUCAAGCAAGCUCCCGCUGAAAAGUGGCCGUUGCCAAAAACCCGAGGGUGGAUAGCACUUGGAUGUGCACCGGAAUAGCAUGCGUUUGCCUUUUUAAAGUAGGUCUUAAAUCCUCGCAUAAAUCUUAUAAGAUUGGUUUUGGGAAACAAUAUCUGAUGAGCCAAUCUGUACUUUCUGCAAAAAAAAAGUCCCACUUGUCUCUAAAACACGUUCUCUGCUAAAUGCAGCGUGUGACAAAUCUCCCAACAGAGCAAGAUCAGCCUAAUUCGAUUUCCCAUUAUCUAAUUAUUUUAUAGUAUUUCAACAAUGGUUUCACUUUCACACGUGCCUCUAAUUGAACAAAUGACAGUACUUAAAUUGAUUAUUAUCGUAACAACUGCACUGAAGUGGUCAAAUUAUAUGCCUGUCAAGAUAUGAAUGAAUUCACAAUGGAAAUACAAUGAAACAGAGAAUUAUUGAAUUAUUACUCUCACAAUUUCAGACAUUUUCAACAUAUAUUUUCCCCAUUCUACGCUUGACAAGCAGCAGUUCCCUUAUUCCACCACUUGGCAUGGAUGUGUGGACAUUUACACACACUCGCAAGCAAAUGUUCAUAUUGAUAAAUCUCACACUUUCUGUGGAAAUUAUCCCACAAAUGGUUUACGCACAGAUUUGUGCCAUUGCGUGAUUGAUAAAUGAGGCCCCAGGUGAGUGCAGUUAACUACCAGAAUUGUUUCGGCCCUCCAGGACUUGGACCCUGACUUGGGCCUAUGUCUGCAGUGCUUCCAGAGGACUACGCCCCCAUGCUCUGCUGCAUCAUGAUAAAACUGCCCUAAUGCAUUUCCAAGGGUUUAAAGUUUCUGUAGCCUCACCCAAAAGAUAAGCUGUUCAACAAGUAUCAUCCCUUAAGUCUCAGCCCUGCAUCGAUUUAAAGCUGGUUAAAACAAACCAUGACGGACAUGGAUGGAGGCAAUGUAGCCUAGUUAGAGGAAAUUGUGGACUAAGUAGUCAGACAAUUCAGGGCCCCAGGGGUUCAGUUAAGGACCUGCUUAAUUUCAAUCACUUAUUAGGCCUGAACUACGUUUUUAUACAAUAAAUUACCAAAUGAAUAGGGUUAAGAAACAUUUGCACUAUUGAAAAGUAGCUAAACCUUUUUGACUGUCUUCAACAAGUCCUAGCCAAUUGUUUGGUUGUUUUAUUGUUCAGGUCUAGGAUAGUACUUCAAUUAAUUCCAUGGGUGAACCACAAUGUGUCGGCAUGCCGAGUUUUUUUCGAAAGACCUCUGCCUUUGGAAUGUAGCCUAAACAAGUGAAGUGACGUGUUCUCAGACUGUUCUGAGGAAGUAGCCUCGGCCAAUAUGCAGCAGUUCGGCUUCUACAAUCAAUAAUCGUCUGAAGACUGCUGGUGGAACUCUGAUCAAUUGAGACAGACUUUUGACUUUAGUUAAGGUGUAGUUGGAUGGAUCUCGAUGAAUGGCAAUAUAUACAACAACAUUUUAAUAUUAGGACUUUGACUUAAAAUCACAGCGUUUUGUACAGUAAAUCCAAUUAGGCAUAUCCACAUCUUCAAAUAAAAAAAUACACAUGAUCAUAGGCUAACCAUCUUUAUUUUCAACACAUCCAUUUCAAAAUCCAUCGUAAGAAAUAAGCUACCUCAGCAAAUAAUUGAUUGGUUCUGCAUUUUAAAUCCAAGCCAAAGAUAUUCACCAACCAAAUCCAGCCUGAGGUAGUGAAUUGUAGCCCUCUCAGACAGCACCCGGCUUUAUCAUCUCCCCUGAAGGAAGGCCAUCCCACUAUAUGGCUUCAGAUAGCCUAGAGGCAUCUUCUCCUCAUCGUCUUCAAAGCAUCUCUAGAUCACCGUCAGCUCCAGCCUUUACUCCUUUGACUUCACUGUUUCUUUGCCCCACAUAAAUGUAGGCAAAUUAGCCUCAUGAAAAUAAUGUUUAGGUUAAUGAUGACUUGGACAUCCUGAUUUGACAUUUAGGCCUACCUUUCUAUCAAUCUCAUGAAAGGCAAUUUCGCAAUGGAGGACACAGAUACUGGGAUGUCAAAUUCAGUAAAUGCCAUAUAGUCCUAAUGUUGAUUGGGUGUUCUUUCCAUCUUUUUAUUUCUCUCCGUUUCUCUCUGACCAGUCUCUCACUCUCUCGCUCUGUGUUUUCCUCUCUCUUUGUCAGAUUCUCUCACUUUCGUUUUCUCUCUCUGACCAGUGUCUCUCCAGAGAAUCUGGGCAGACUACACUCUCCUCAGCACUGUUUCACUCACUCUCAUGGUGUUGUUUUUCUCAUUGCUCUCUGUCUCCCCCCCAUCUGUCGUCCCGUUGACACACUGACCUUUGACCUGGGGUCAGGUGCUGGCCGGGAUGAUAGCCGAACCUGCUUUUCUCUCUGAGUAUACUAUCUUUGCUCUGGACCAAUCAAAGCCACCCCCCAAAGCUCCUCAAGCUCAGGUUGCUCAGGUAGCCAGUGCGGUGAGUUCGGUUCGCCCCCCCCCUCACACCCACCCCUGCCGCCUCUUCUCCUCCUGCCCCCCUCGUUCUUCUUCCCUCGCUCCUGGGUAGAGGGUAGAGGAGCUGGCCUGCUGUUUAGAACCAGUGAAGACUGCUUGAACCCUGCUCUCUCUGUCUUUUUCUUCUCCUUAUCCGUUUUCUUUGGUGUUCGUAACUUGAAGGCAUCUCACCACCUCCUAACCUUGCAUCUUAUCCCUUGGGAGUGAUUGUUGGUUUGUAAAUGUGACUGUUGGGAUAGAAGCUUGAUGUGCUUUGUGCAGUAUGCCGGUUUGUUAUUAUCCAAUAGUCUCUCCUUCAGUUGUCUCGGCAUUGACAGAAAUUGAUGUUAUCCUGAUUCUUUAGUUAUCCUUUAUAGUUGCUAGCCCCUGAAACCCUACCAACCUCCUGUAUAGUUUACUAUAGAUUUCAUUCCCUUCCUUGUUCCUGCUUCUCACCCCAAAAGUCUUCUGUUUUGUUUGUUUGGAGAGUUUAUAGUCGUGCGAUGUGCCUCCGGACCUUCUCUACUUAGCUUGCGUAGUUGAAGCUUUUCCUAGAGCCAUGAAAGAUUUUCAUUUAUUUUGUUUUAUGCAUAUUUCCCCAUCUAAAUAUAAUUUAUUAGUAGUGGUCAAACAAACAGCCCGUCCAACAAUACAAUACCCUUCUGAUUGGUGUUGAGUGACACAUUUAUAUUAAAGAUAGGACACCAAAACAACCAAGCUGGUGUUAGAAGGAAGUAGAAUAAUACACUCCUCAUUCCCAUUCCUCCUCACCUCAUCUAUUGAAAUACCAUUGGAAAGUACCACACAAUACAUUGGUCGCAAUCUCAUGCUCUUAGAAUAGACCAAGUUGUCCCCCCGAAACAUUUAGCUAGCCAGCGGGGUUGGGGUUGACAUUCCAGUUUAUUUCCUGAAUUGAAAUGGAAUUGACAGACUAUGCUACAGGCUAGAUUGCUGUUGAAAAACAGAGCAGGAUGGGCUGGCUAGCCUGUCUGUCUGUCUGGAGGAUUUGCAGAUUAUCUGCAUUUAGAGAUGUGCCUAAUCCUUCUCUAGGCUGUCAUCACACUCAUCUAGAAUUAACAAGUUAUCGUUACUCAUUGUGUAUCUAUUAUUACUUUUAUUAUUACAUGUUUUAUUUUUCUAUUACUCUGUUUUCUUUCUCUCUGCAUUGUUGGGACGGGCCCGUAAGUAAGCAUUUCACUGUUAGUCCACACCUGUUGUUUAAGAAACAUGACUAAUAACAUGUUAUUUUAUAUGUGGCCUCGUGCCUACACUGCUUUUACCAUUGAACCAUGUCAUCUUUCAUCAACAUGUAAGCCAUUUAGUAGACGCCUUUAUCCAAAGCGUAUGUAUUGGUGGGCCCAGUGGGAAUCGAACCCACUACCCUUGGCGUUGCAAGCGCCGUGCUCUACCAAAUGAGCCACCCAGGACCAUCUAACAAGAUAUCAUCACCUGACUAUAAUGUAGUAUUUGUUUAAAUAAAGGUACUGACUCAGAGAUAUGUUACUGUUUUGAGCAAUAUUAAGUAGGAAUCACUUCCUAAUAUUAGCCCAUCAAUGUAAUCCGUUCGUGACUGUGUGUUGAUACAAAACCUUUAACUUGAAAGUAAAUGUUAAAUGUGCCUUUAUAAACACACAGCCUAUUUGUUCCUCAUAACGGCAAAGAGCUGUUCAGUUUAACCCAAAGGCAUACUAACCUGUCCAUGUUAGCCCUCUUGGAGACCUCUAGACUAGCAGCUAUCCUGUUAGCCUGGUUUCUUACUGUGUUUGAGUGCAGAGACUGCAGACAUGCUCUACUUCUGACCUUGAAACACAGUACCAGUGUAGCUCUGAUUUCCACCGCCUGGGGUCUGGAAGCCAGGCUGGCAUAGUUGUCUGUUGACACAGUGCCGUUAGUCAUCUGUUGGCUUAGUAUAACUGCAGAGGGGAAGCUACCACGUGUCCUGAAUGGCAGGGACGCACCCUAUUCCCUACAUAUGGAAUAUAUAGUGCACUAUAUAGGGAACACAGCCUACAUCCUUCUGUUUGGCUAGAUAUCCCUUUACAUGCCCUGCCCCGACAGAUUGUGUAGAACUACAGAGACUAAGCUACUGGUACAUGUUGCUAGGCUUCUGGUUGCUGCUACGCUAGCCUGACUGACUGGCAUGUCUGUUGACACAGCACCACCAUACCAGUACUGUUGUCAUCUGCUAGAGAUAUCCCUAACACACCUGCCCUGGCACAUCCUGCUCCAGCACUACGCUGCUUAUUCCUAUCCAGGCCCCUCAGAUCUGCCAACAUUGAUGGGUUAGGGCCAAGGGGAAAGAAGUAGGGAGCAAAUUAGACAACCGUCACCCUGACAGACUGUAAAACCACAGAAAGACUGCAUCCUGCGGUCUUCAGUCUUCCCAUCCAGACUGUCAGUACGGUUAGUCAUCAUGCCUUGGCCAGUGGCCUGACAGACUGUGUACAACAACCAAAACUAGGCUGCUGGUCUGCUGGUUAAUGAUGCCACUGCCAGUUUUCACAUCCAGUGACAGUACUGUUUUCCUCCCUCAUGCCCUGUCUGCACACAUGGCCUAACCUAAACAGCAUCUUGGAAUGACAGUUUUGGGUGUAGUUGUAGGCAGCCUUCACAGCCUGGGUUGUGGGGAUGGGUUGUGUCUAGACAUUAGUCCAUGUAUAAUUCAUUGAUUGAGAGCCAGUCAGGCCUGUUUUCCACUACUCUGAACCUCACACUUAGCCACUCUGGGGCUCUUCCCUUUGUCUGCCUGUAAGGCAGGGUGAGGGGGCAUUGGUUUGACCUACUCACACUCUCAGACCCAAAGGCAAGUGAAAUGACUGGCCGUUGUAGUCAAAGCAGACCCUGCUGCUUUGUAGCCUCACAGCAAACCAGACACAUUGUGAAACGUGUCCCUUCUCAUCAGUGUCUCCAAUCGCAACCUAAAAACUACCAUAAUACAUUUGUAUAUAGGUUUUCAUUUGUUGUACCAUCAUUUAUUAAUCUUUUUGAUACUUUGCAAUGGGUUUAUAACUCUGUCUGUAAUACGUAUGUUUCAUGUGUAAGUGUGCUCUCAACAUUUCUUUGUAACUGGGACAGCUUAUUGACUGGUAUCUCUGGUCUGAUUUAAAGAUUACGCUUGUAGAAAACCCCUUGCUUUUCUUAUCUAGUAUCAAUAUCGGACAUGGUACUCAAAGGAGGAGAGUGAACAGAAAGGAGAGGAGGAAAUUGUUAACAGGUUAACUCAAACAAGCUUACAAGUAGGCCAACAACUGGGUCGUGUUCAUUAGGUCACUCUGUAGCAAAAUACUUAAAAACCUUUUUAAAACUGAAGAUGAGGUUCUUGGACAAUUCAGGCAGCCCCUCCCUCUUUCAGUCCAUUUUCUUCUGUUUGGUGGCUGAUGCACCCAACUCUGACCUUUCUAUAACCAACCAGCCAGGCUACCCAGCUAACGUUCACAACAACACUACUACACCUGUCUCUACUACGUUCUAGUUAACCUACAAUAACAUCCUGCUGGAGUGACCCACAGCAAUGCCGUUCGACCUCUUCAGCUACUGGCCCCUCUAAUCAAGUUCGAUUGUUUGUUUUGACCUCAUGGCUGCUGUGUAGAAAAAUGGCUACCAGUUGUAGUUUUUAAUGGCUACCAGUUGUAGUUCUAUUUUAACCACUAUCUGUUCUGUUACUGUAUGUUGUACAGUAGAGAUGCCUUCUAUCUUGUAAUUUAACCCCUCUGUUUUCUCCAAGUUUGCAUGAGGGUACCCAACUACAGUACCCAUAAGCCCCUGCAUUGCUCCUGUACUAGCAAUACUAAUAUUCAGAGCCAUGUAUAUCAGAUGGCUCUGCUAAUAUUGCUUGAUCCUAUACAGAGUAAUCAAGGCGUAGCGGUACAGUGCACGCUGGCUGGGUGUGGGACAUAUGGAAGACUAACAGGUCCAGGUGCCAGGGCUGCGUCUGAAAUUGCACCCUAUUCAUGUAAAGUGCACUACUUUGACCGUGGCCCCUAUAUAGUGCACUACUUUUUCACCAGGGCCCAUAGUCAAAAGUAGUGGUCAAAAGUAGUGCACUACAGUAUAUAGGGAAUAGUGUGCCAUUACAGACACAGCCCUGGUUAAACCCUGGCCUAGUUUGUUUUAACCUCUUUCACUCCUGCCUCCUGCUAUAGAGUGGCAGGAGAAGUGCCACAGGAUCACCUAGAGGAAGCAUCAAUGGAGAUGGGAGGGCUUCUCCUCAGGCAAGUUGUUACUUCAUCCUCCUAACACCUUUCUCUGGCUUUUCCGUUUCCAUUAAAAUACGGUUAUUGAUGUCCUGAAGAGGUAAUAAAGCAACUAAGAAUAAAAGUUAAGAUGCUGGGCCUCCCGAGUGGUGCAGCGGUCUAAGGCUCUGCGUCGCAGUGUUGGCGGCGUCACUACAGCCUGGGGUUCGAUCCCAGCCUGUAUCAUUACCGGCCGUGACCGGGAGUCCCAUAGGGCGGCACGCAGUUGGCCCAGCGUCGUCCGGGUUAGGGGUGGGUUUGGCCGGUGGGGCUUUACUUGGCUCAUCGCACUCUAGGGACUCCUUGUGGCGGGCCGGGCGCCUGCGGGCAGACUCGGCCAUCAGUUGAACAGUGUUUCCUCCGACACAUUGGUCAGCUGGCUUCCGGGUUAAGCAAGCGGGUGUUAAGAAGCACCGUUUGGCGGGUGAUGUUUCAGAGGACGCAUGACUCGACCUUCGCCUCUCCUGAGCCCGUUGGGGAGUUGCAGCGAUGAGACAAGAUCGUAAUCACGAAAUUGGGGAGAAAAAGGGGGUAAUAAUUACUAAAAAUAAAAUAAAAAUCUCUUAAGAUGCUAUGCCAGUUAGGUCUAAUCAGCUGCAGAGAGGAAGAUACAUUCUGAUUUAACAUGCAAUUUGAAUAAAGUCUAGGCCUAACAGUAGGAGUGGUUUUGUUGAUUAUCUUUAACCCAUGCAUGUGGAAACACUCAUUCAUAUCCCACAUGUCUCUAGCUAAGGCUAAAUAUGUACAUUCCCAUGCAUUGUAGUUCAAUAAAGUUGACUGCCAUGUGGUAAUGAAUACUGUAAAGUAAUACACUCUCCUGUCCGUCCUCAUACAGAGAGAGGAGCCACAGUCGUUUGCCCAGAAGCUACAGCUGCGUGUCCCCUCUGUGGAGUCUCUCCUCCGCGGUGCCAGCCGGGCCGAGGGCCUCUUCCUUUCCCCGUCCAAAGAGAGCCUGAACCGCAGCCCCUCUCUUAACUCCCUCACCCCCCUGGGGGAGAAUGAGCCCCUGGCCACCCCAGCCUAUGACCCUCCGUCGGACAUCGAGAGCGAGGCAGAGGAGUCAUAUGGUAGCCCUGAGUCCCUGUCGGCCCUGUCUAAAGAACAGCUGAUCCAUCGGCUACACAGGGUGGAGAAGAGCCUGGGGAACUACAGAGGGAAAUACUCAGAGGUGGGGGUCGUGAGACAAUAGAGCAGUGGUACCACAUGGUACAUCCUUUAGUGACGCUUGUGGAAAUCAGUCUCAAAAGAAAUCAGUGUAAUCACUAUAUAAUAACUAGGUAAUUACCAGUUCAGCAAGUCAUUUCUAACAGCUAAAACAGGGAGUUGGCCUGCUGUAUGUCUACAAUACACCUCUAUGGGAUGUACCAGUCACUAUGAUCAGUCUUCUCUUGCUCAUCCAGUCAGUCUCAAAUACAGAUGACUAGAGUAGGGAGUUGGCCUGCAAUGCAUAUAUCUCUGUGUACAGCUAUAUUUGAUUUACCUUUCUAACCAUUCUCUCUCUCUCUUCCCCCCCACCCCAGUUGGUCACUACCUACAGAACAGUCCAGAGAGACAAGGAGAAAACCCAGGUGAUUUUCAUAAACCACCUCAACACCAGAUUACAUAUAGUGAUGCUCUGUACUUUCGGGAGGAUAGAGGAACACUUCUAUCCACACUCGCUGAAUGCUGAUGUAGUCUUUUCUGCUUUUCUCCUCAGGCCAUUCUCAGUCAGAGUCAAGACAAAGCUCUCCGUAGGAUUGGGGAGUUGAGAGAGGUAUGACCAUGAACACCAUCUGUUUCUGAUGAAUACCGGUAUAUGUCUGUACUAUGUUUGUCUAAUUCUAUCCCUAUCAAAGUACUGUCUAUGGGGUCUUAUUUUACUCUGUUAUGACCCAUUACUCUCUCUCUCUCUGACAUGAACUCAAAAGCUUUUAGGAUACAAGCAACCACUGAGUCACAGCAGUAGAGGUGGAAUUCCUGAAUUCUUUAUCUGUCCUGACCCCAAAAAACAGUAGCUGAGCCAAAGGAAGGUAGUCAAGAGCAGGAGGUUAGCUAAGACAAGGAAGGAGGAAGGAGCAGGAGGUUAGCUAAAACAAGGAAAGAGGAAGGAGCAGGAGGUUAGCUAAAACAAGGAAGGAGCAGGAGGUUAGCUAAAACAAGGAAAGAGAGGAAGGAGCAGGAGGUUAGCUAAGACAAGGAAAGAGAGGAAGGAGCAGGAGGUUAGCUAAGACAAGGAAAGAGGAAGGAGCAGGAGGUUACCUAAGACAAGGAAAGAGAGGAAGGAGCAGCAUAUUUUUGUUAUCAGAACAAGAUAAGGCAUUGCAUGUGACUUGUUUGAACUUGUGUGAUGUGUUCAGGAUGUAAUUCACUGAGACUCUAACCUGCGUUUGUAGGAAAGAAACCUUUCCCUGGUUGAAAUGGUGCAGUGUGCCCUACAUGUAGGAAGUAUAGAAAGACUUCUCUGGCUCUGAACCAUGAUAGUGUUUGAUAAGGUGAUCAGUGUGAGCAAGGCAAUUCACAGAACUACUAAUCUUGAUCUCAUAGGGAGUAGUUAUUUGGGAAGUAAGGUGUUAUUGUAGAUGAGUCAUUCUGAGUGGUCCGACUGCAGUUUAGUCGAUCUCAAACACACUAUGUUCCUCACCAGGAGCUGUACAGUCGUGGUCAAAAGUAUUGGUCUUCACAAAGUUUGCUGCUUCAGUGUUUUUAGAUAUUUUUGUCAGAUGUUACUAUGGUAUACUGAAGUAUAAUUACAAGCAUUCCAUAAGUGUCAAAGGCUUUUAUUGACAAUUACAUUAAGUUUAUGCAAAGAGUCAAUAUUUGCAGUGUUGACCCUUCUUUUUCAAGACCUCUGCAAUACGCCCUGGCAUGCUGUCAAUUACAGUGAGGGAAAAAAGUAUUUGAUCCCCUGCUGAUUUUGUACGUUUGCCCACUGACAAAGAAAUGAUCAGUCUAUAAUUUUAAUGGUAGGUUUAUUUGAACUGUGAGAGACAGAAUAACGACAAAAAAAUCAGACAAAAUGCAUGUAAAAAAUGUUAUAAAUUGAUUUGCAUUUUAAUGAAGGAAAUAAGUAUUUGACCCCUCUGCAAAACAUGACUUAGUACUUGGUGGCAAAACCCUUGUUGGCAAUCACAGAGGUCAAACAUUUCUUGUAAUUGGCCACCAGGUUUACACACAUCUCAGGAGGGAUUUUGUCCCACUCCUCUUUGCAGAUCUUCUCCAAGUCAUUAAGGUUUCGAGGCUGACGUUUGGCAACUCAAACCAUCAGCUCCCUCCACAGAUUUUCUAUGGGAUUAAGGUCUGGAGACUGGCUAGGCCACUCCAGGACCUUAAUGUGCUUCUUCUUGAGCCACUCCUUUGUUGCCUUGGCCGUGUGUUUUGGGUCAUUGUCAUGCUGGAACACCCAUCCACGACCCAUUUUCAAUGCCCUGGCUGAGGGAAGGAGGUUCUCACCCAAGAUUUGACGGUACAUGGCCCCGUCCAUCGUCCCUUUGAUGCGGUGAAGUUGUCCUGUCCCCUUAGCAGAAAAACAUCCCCAAAGCAUAAUGUUUCCACCUCCAUGUUUGACGGUGGGGAUGGUGUUCUUGGGGUCAUAGGCAGCAUUCCUCCUCCUCCAAACACGGCGAGUUGAGUUGAUGCCAAAGAGCUCCAUUUUGGUCUCAUCUGACCACAACACUUUCACCCAGUUCUCCUCUGAAUUAUUCAGAUGUUCAUUGCCAAACUUCAGACGGCCCUGUAUAUGUGCUUUCUUGAGCAGGGGGACCUUGCGGGCGCUGCAGGAUUUCAAUCCUUCACGGCAUAGUGUGUUACCAAUUGUUUUCUUGGUGACUAUGGUCCCAGCUGCCUUGAGAUUAUUGACAAGAUCCUCCCGUGUAGUUCUGGGCUGAUUCCUCACCGUUCUCAUGAUCAUUGUAACUCCACGAGGUGAGAUCUUGCAUGGAGCCCCAGGCCGAGGGAGAUUGACAGUUAUUUUGUGUUUCUUCCAUUUGCGAAUAAUCACACAAACUGUUGUCACCUUCUCACCAAGCUGCUUGGCGAUGGUCUUGUAGCCCAUUCCAGCCUUGUGUAGGUCUACAAUAUUGUCCCUAACAUCCUUGGAGAGCUCUUUGGUCUUGGCCAUGGUGGAGAGUUUGGAAUCUGAUUGAUUGAUUGCUUCUGUGGACAGGUGUCUUUUAUACAGGUAACAAACUGAGAUUAGGAGCACUCCCUUUAAGAGUGUGCUCCUAAUCUCAGCUCGUUACCUGUAUAAAAGACAACUGGGAGCCAGAAAUCUUUCUGAUUGAGAGGGGGUCAAAUACUUAUUUUCCUGUUUUGUUGUUAUUCCGUCUCUCACUGUUCAAAUAAACCUACCAUUAAAAUUAUAGACUGAUCAUUUCUUUGUCAGUGGGCAAACGUACAAAAUCAGCAGGGGAUCAAAUACUUUUUUCCCUCACUGUAACUUCUGGGCCACUUCCUGACUGAUGGCAGCCCAUUCUUGCAUAAUCAAUGCUUGGAGUUUGUCAGAAUUUGUGGGUUUUUGUUUGUCCACCCGCCUCUUGAGGAUUGACCACAAGUUCUCAAUGGGAUUAAGGUCUGGGGAGUUUCCUGGCCAUGGACCCAAAAUGUCGAUGUUUUGUUCCCCGAGCCACUUAGUUAUCUCUUUUGCCUUAUGGCAAGGUGCUCCAUCAUGCUGGAAAAGGCAUUGUUCGUCACCAAACUGUUCUUGGAUGGUUGGGAGAAGUUGCUCUCGGAUGAUGUGUUGGUACCAUUCUUUAUUCAUGGCUGUGUUCUUAGGCAAAAUUGUGAGUGAGCCCACUCCCUUGGCUGAGAAGCAACUCCACACAUGAAUGGUCUCAGGAUGCUUUACUGUUGGCAUGACACAGGACUGAUGGUAGCGCUCACCUUGUCUUCUCCGGACAAGCUUUUUUCCGGAUGCCCCAAACAAUCGGAAAGGGGAUUCAUCAGAGAAAAUGACUUUACUCCAGUCCUCAGCAGUCCAAUCCCUGUACCUUUUGCAGAAUAUCAGUCUGUCCCUGAUGUUUUCCUGGAGAGAAGUGGCUUCCUCGCUGCCCUUCUUGACACCAGGCCAUCCUCCAAAAGUCUUCGCCUCACUGUGCGUGGAGAUGCACUCACACCUGCCUGCUGCCAUUCCUGAGCAAGCUCUGCACUGGUGGUGCCCCGAUCCCGCAGCUGAAUCAACUUUAGGAGAAGGUCCUGGUGCUUGCUGGACUUUCUUGGGAGCCCUGAAGCCUUCUUCACAACAAUUUAACCUCUCUCCUUGAAGUUCUUGAUGAUCUGAUAAAUGGUAGAUUUAGGUGCAAUCUUACUAGCAGCAAUAUCCUUGCCCUUUUUGUGCAAAGCAAUGAUGACGGCACGUGUUUCCGUGCAGGUAACCAUGGUUAACAGAGGAAGAACAAUGAUUUCAAGCACCAUGCUCCUUUUUAAAGCUUCCAGUCUGUUAUUCUAACUCAAUCAGCAUGACAGAGUGAUCUCCAGCCUUGUCCUCGUCAACACUCUCACUUGUGUUAACGAGAGAGUCACUGACAUGAUGUCAGCUGGUCCUUUUGUGGCAGGGCUGAAAUGCAGUGGAAAUGUUUUUUGGGAUUAAGUUCAUUUUCAUGGCAAUUAAUUGCAAUUCAUCUGAUCACUCUUCAUAACAUUCUGGAGUAUUUGUAAAUUGCCAUCAUAAAAACUGAGGCAGCAGACUUUGUGAAAAUGUAAUAUUUGUGUCAUUCUCAGAACUUUUGACCACGACUGUAUGUAUUAAGGCAAUGUGUUAUAUGACAAUGUUUCUCCCCAGGAGCUGCACAUGGACCAGCAGGCUAAGAAGCACCUUCAGGAGGAGUUUGACGCUGCCCUGGAGGAGAAGGACCAAAUGAUUACUGUGCUUCAGACACAGGUGUUUAUAUACAGUACAGUUCAUAGUGAAAGUAUUCUCUCCUCUUCCAGUUUUCACAUUUUGUUAAAUUUUUGUUAAAUGUAAAAUGCAUCACGUUGGGAUUUGCUCCCACCGAUCUGUUAAGAAAAAUGAUCAAAUGUCUACAUUUUUAUUGUUUUAUUUAUUGUUUUUUUAUGUGUGUUUCAAUGGGUGUAUGCUGAACACAGUCAGUAUAAUCUUGACUGUUGAAUAAUGUCUGGUCUCUAGCCUGUGUUGCUCUGUGUUUUGACUGUGUCCCCCCCCCCCCCCCCCCCAUCCUCCUUCUCUGCCAGGUUGCACUGAUGAAGAAGCGUCUGAAGGGGGUUCCUGGUGGAGCUGUGGCCCCUGAGGUUGAACACCCUCUCCAGGCUGAAGAUCAUCCAGACUCUGCCUCUGCCCCACAGAGCCCCUCCAAAGACCCAGGUACUAUACAGCACAGACACUAUGCUGACUCACACCCCUGAUAGAUGAUGAUGAUGAUGUGUAGAUGGACAGUAGCAGACCUGGGUUCAAAUAGUAUUGUCUGGUACAAUGGAACCAAUUGAAUAGUGCCUAAGGUGGAAACCCUCUACACCUCUGGCACUCUAGGCAGGCUCAACCAAACACUUAGUGUUUUAAUUUCUAAUACUGUUUAGACCCAGGUCUGAGUCAUUUAGUGUUGAAAUGUUUAGAGCCAUCUGGCUUUUAUCAAGUUUAUCGAGUAUAUUUAAAGGGAUAGAUCACCCAAAUUACAAAAUGACAUAUUGGUUUUGUUACCCUGUAAGCAGUCUAUAGACAAGGUAUGACAGCAAUCCAUGCUUUGAUUUAGUUUCCCUGGCAAUGUUUCCAUAUGCUAACGUUUUAGCAUUUGUGGCACAAAUCCCAUUCUAGUCAUAGGACCGAUAUUAGCAUUUUGCACACAUCAUGUCCAAAUCAUCAGAAAGUAUCUAAAAUUGAUUGUGAAGCUCAACAAAGUGACUUAUAGAUGUUUUGAACAUGAUGUGCGAAAAAUGCUAAUAUCGGUCCCAUGACUUGAAUGGGAUUUCUGCCAUAAAUCCUAAAACGUUAGCAUGUGGAAACAGUGCCAGGGAAACUAAACCAAAGCAUGGAUUGCUGUCAUACCUUGUCAAUAGACUACUUACAGGGUAAGGAAACCAAUGUGUAGUGUGGGUGAACUAUCCCUUUUAACACAUAAAACCACAACCACCAAUCCUUAACGCCUCAGUCAUAGUCAGUACUCCCCUUCGUCUGACUGAGCCACAUUACCUCAUUUAACCUGAGAAGGCAGCGCUGACCCAUCGAAAACCAUGGAGGUGCUGCAGAUGGAAAUUCCAAGAUGGCGUAGCAGUGCGGUCGUAUUUUCUGUUGUGUCCUCGUGUUAAUAGCCAGUUCUUUAGUUUUUUUGUCUAUUUUGUAUAUAUUUCUCAAUUUUACUUUUUUACUUUUCAUUCUUUAACUAAAUAUACUUUCCUGCAACCCGCCUCACCCAACGUGAAAAGGAUUCUAUUAUUUAUUUAUAACUUUUAUCAAGAACCUUAAGCUGAAACUAGUCUAGCAACCGAAUGGCUGUUGUAGCCAGCUAGCUAGCUACUUGCUAUUAGCCACCAUUAGCGGUCUAAACCAUUGUCCGUGGCCUGCACUACACACCAGCCAGCUCUAGCUCUAGCCUGGACAAUUUGUCGGCCAGUCUGCACAGCGUGCUAUUGACCCAGAGCAUAUCGGAUUUUCUGCCGGAAUCACUGGACCCUAACGCCGGAUCAUCGCAACUUGCUAGCUGCAACCGAAUGGCUGUUGUCGUUGGCUAAUUACCAUUGCCCCUUAGCAAGCACCAGUUAGCCUUGAGCUAGCCUCGAGCCAGGCCCAUCUCCCGGCUAUCUACCUCUCUGUCAACCGGACGGGACCUCCUAGUGUUGACACGGAGCCCUGCCGAUCCAACACGACUGGUCUGCCGACGAAAUCGUCUGAUGUGGUUUCAACAGGCUUCCCGUUACGACGUCGACCCCGAAAAUCCAUCUGCUAACCCCGGCCCGCUAGCACACGCAAGCUGUGCCUCUUGCUCGCCAGUGCUGUAGCAGUCCCCGAACUACCUCUGAACUCUCCUAUUGCUGUUCACCGGACCUUAUGAUAACUCAGCUAUACAGCUGAUGCCUGCUGGACUGUUCCUUUAUACGGUACCGCAUCCUGUUUAUGUUUAGCCUCAGCCCAAACUUUGUCACCAUUACCAGCUGUUGUCUUAGCUCUCUCGAAUAACACCUGUGAUUGCUUUAUGCCUCUCUCCCAUGUCAAUAUGCCUUGCUUAUUGCUGUUUCGGUUAUUUCUUAUUGUACUAUUUCACUGUAGAGCCCCCAGUCCAGCUCAACCUGCCUUAAAUAGCUCCUUUGUCCCACCCCCCAUACACGCGGAGACCGACUCAAUCGGUGCCUCCAGUGAUGCUAUCUCUUUCAUCGUUACCCAACGCUGAGGUUUACCUCCACUGUACUCAUAUCCUUCCAUAUCCUUGUCUGUACAUAAUGCCCUGAAUCUAUUCUACAACGCCCGGAAAUCUGCCCCUUUUAUUCUCUGUACCCAACGCACUAGAAGACCAGUUUUUAAAGCCUUUAGCCGUAUCCUUAUUCUACUUCUCCUCUGUUCCUCUGGUGAUGUAGAGGUUAACCCAGGCCCUGUAGCCCCCAGUAUCACUCCUACUCCCCAGGCGUUAUCAUUUGUUGACUUCUGUAACCGUAAAAUCCUUGGUUUCUUGCACGUUAACAUCAGAAGCCUCCUCCCUAAGUUUGAGUUAUUCACUGCGUUAGCACACUCUGCCAACCCUGAUGUUCUAGCAGUGUCGGAAUCCUGGCUUAGGAAGGCCACCAAAAAUUCAGAAAUGUCCAUCCCCAACUACAACAUGUUCCGUCUCGAUAGAACUGCCAAAGGGGGUGGGGUUGCAAUCUACUGUAGAGAUAGCCUGCAAAGCUCUAUCAUACUAUCCAGGCCUGUGCCCAAACAGUUUGAGCCUCUACUUCUAAAAAUCCACCUUUCCAGUCUCUCACUGUUGCCGCUUGCUACAGACCCCCCUCAGCCCCGAGCUGUGCCCUGGACACCAUAUGUGAACUGAUUGCCCCCCAUCGAUCCUCAGAGUUCGUACUGCUUGGUGACCUAAACUGGGAUAUGCUUAACAACCUACAUUCUAAACUAGAUUCCCUCAAUCUCACACAAAUUAUCAACGAACCUACCAGUUACAACCCUAAAUCUGUAAACAUGGGCACCCUCAUAGAUAUCAUCCUGACAAAUUUACCCUCUAAAUACACCUCCGCUGUCUUCAACCAGGAUCUCCGCGAUCACUACCUUAUUGCCUGCGUCAAACGACCACCCCUCAUCACUGUCAAACGCUCCCUAAAACACUUUAGCGAGCAGGCCUUUCUAAUUGACCUGGCCCGGGUAUCCUGGAUGGAUAUUGACCUCAUUCCGUCAGUAGAGGAUGCCUGGUUGUUCUUUAAAAAUGCUUUCCUCUCAAUCUUAAAUAAGCAUGCCCCAUUCAAAAAAUUCAGAAGUAAGAACAGAUAUAGCUGCUGGUUCUCCUCAGACUUGACUGCCCUUGACCAGCACAAAAACAUCCUGUGGCGUACUGCAUUAGCAUCGAACAGCCCCCGCGAUAUGCAACUUUUCAGGGAAGUCAGGAACCAUUAUACACAAUCAGUUAGGAAAGCAAAGGCUAGCUUUUUCAAACAAAAAUGUGCAUCCUGUAGCACUAACUCCAAAAAGUUUUGGGACACUGUAAAGUCCAUGGAGAAUAAGAGCACCUCCUCCCAACUGCCCACUGCACUGAGGCUAGGAAACACUGUCACCACUGAUAAAUCUACAAUAAUCGAGAAUUUCAACAAGCAUUUUGCUACGGCUGGCCAUGCUUUCCACCUGGCUACCACUACCCCGGACACCAGCUCUGCACCCUCUGCUACAACUUGCCCAUGCCCCCCCCCCCCCCCGAUUCUCCUUCACACAAAUUCAGUCAGCUGAUGUUCUGAAAAAUUUUGACCCCUACAAAUCAUCUGGGCUAGAAUCUGGACCCUUAUUACUAGCCUGUUCAACCUCUUUUUCGUAACGUCUGAGAUCCCCAGAGAUUGGAAAGCUACCGCGGUCAUCCCCCUCUUCAAAGGGGGUGACACUCUAGAUCCAAACUGUUACAGACCUAUAUCCAUCCUGCCCUGCCUUUCGAAAGUAUUUGAAAGCCAAGUUAACAAACAGAUCACAGACCAUUUCGAAUCCCACCGUACCUUCUCCGCUAUGCAAUCCGGUUUCCGAGCUGGUCGUGGGUGCACCUCAGCCACGCUCAAGGUCCUAAACGAUAUUAUAACCGCGAUCGAUAAAAGACAGUACUGCGCAGCCGUCUUCAUCGACCUGGCCAAGGCUUUCGACUCUGUCAACCACUGCAUUCUUGUUGGCAGACUAAAUAACCUUGGUUUCUCAAAUGACUGCCUUGCCUGGUUCACCAACUACUUCUCAGAUAGAGUUCAAUGUGUCAAAUCGGAGGGCCUGUUGUCUGGACCUCUGGCAGUCUCUAUGGGGGUGCCACAGGGUUCAAUUCUCGGGCCGACUCUAUUCUCUGUGUAUAUCAAUGAUGUCUCUCUUGCUGCUGGUGACGCUCGGAUCCACCUCUAUGCGGACGACACCAUUUUGUAUACAUCUGGCCCUUCAUUGGACACUGUGUUAACAAACCUCCAAACAAGCUUCAAUGCCAUACAACACUCCUUCAGUAGCCUCCAACUGCUCUUAAACACUGGUAAAACUAAAUGCAUGCUCUUCAACCGAACGCUGCUUGCACCCGCCCACCCGACUAGAAUCACUACUCUCGGCGGGUCUGACCUAGAGUAUGUGGACAACUACAAAUACCUAGGUGUCUGGUUAGUCUGUAAACUCUCCUUCCAGACUCACAUUUAAGCAUCUCCAAUCAAAAGUUAGAUCUAGAAUCGGCUUCCUAUUUCGCAACAUAGCCUCCUUCACUCAUGCUGCCAAACAUGCCCUCGUAAAACUGACUGUCCUACCGAUCCUUGACUUCGGCGAUGUCAUUUACAAAAUAGCCUCCAACACUCUACUCAGCAAAUUGAAUGUAGUCUAUCACAGUGCCAUCCAUUUUGUCACCAAAGCCCCAUAUACUACCCACCAUUGUGACCUGUACACUCUUGUUGGCUGGCCCUCACUACAUAUUCGUCGCCAAACCCACUGGCUCCAGGUCAUCUAUAAAUCACUGCUAGGCAAAUCCCUGCCUUAUCUUAGCGCACUGGUCACCAUAGCAACACCCACCCGUAGUCUGCGCUCCAGCAGGUAUAUCUCACUGGUCAUCCCCAAAGCCAACACCUCCUUUGGCCGCCAUUCCUUCCAGUUCUCUGCUGCCAAUGACUGGAACAAACUGCAAAAAUCUCUGAAGCUGGAGACUUUUAUCUCCCUCACUAACUUUAAGCAUCAGUUGUCAGAGCAGCUUACUGAUCACUGAACCUGUACACAGCCAUUCUGAAAUUAGCCCACCCAACUACCUCAUCCCCAUAUUGUUAUUUAUUUUGCUAAUUUACACCCCAGUAUCUCUAUUUGCACAUCAUCUUUUGCACAUCUAUCAUUCCAGUGUUAAUACGAAAUUGUAACUAUUUUGCACUAUGGCCUAUUUAUUGCCUUACCUCCAUAACUUACCACAUUCGCACACACUGUAUAUAUAUUUUCUGUUGUAUAUUUGACUUUGUUUUGUUUACCCCAUAUGUAACUGUGUUGUUGUUUUUAUCGCACUGCUUUGCUUUAUCUUGGCCAUGUCGCAGUUGUAAAUGAGAACUUGUUCUCAACUGGCUUACCUGGUUAAAUAAAGGUGAAAUUAAAUUUUUUUAAAAAGAUGGUUAGGGAUAGGAUUAGAACGUGUAUGUAUAUCUAUGUAAUAUAACAUGUACAGUGCAUUCGGAAAGUAUUCAGACCCCUUGACUUUUUCCACAUUUUGUUACGUUACAGCCUUAUUCUAAAAUUGAUUAAAUUGUUUUUUUCCCCUCAUCAAUCUACACACAAUACCUCACAAUGACAAAGCAAAAACAGGUUUUUAGAUUUUUUUUGCAAAUGUAUAAAAAAUAAAAAAACGGGAAAUACCACAUUUACAUAAGUAUUCAGACCCUUUACUCAGUGCCUUGUUGAAGCACCUUUGGCAGCGAUUACAGCCUCGUCUUCUUGGGUAUGACGCCACGAGCUUGGCACACCUGUAUUUGGGGAGUUUCUCCCAUUCUUCUCUGCAGAUCCUCUCAAGCUCUGUCAGGUUGGAUGGGGAGCGUCGCUGCACAGCUAUUUUCAGGUCUCUCCAGAGAUGUUAGAUCGGGUUGAAGUCCAGGCUCUGGCUGGGCCACUCAAGGACAUUGUCGUUGUCCUGUUGGAUGGUGAACCUUCGCCCCAGUCUCAGGUCCUGAGCGCUUUGGAGCAGGUUUUCGUCAAGGAUCUCUCUGUACAUUGCUCCGUUCAUCUUUUCCUCGAUCCUGACUAGUCUCCCAGUCCCUGCCGCUGAAAAACAUCCCCACAGCAUGAUGCUGCCACCACCAUGCUUCACUGUAGGGAUGGUGCCAGGUCUCCUCCAGACGUGAUGCUUGGUAUUCAGGCCAAAGAGUUCAAUCUUGGUUUCAUCAGACCAGAGAAUCUUGUUUCUCGUGGUCUGAGAGUCAUUUAGGUGCCGUUUGGCAAACUCCAUGUGGGCUGUCAUGUGCCUUUUACUGAGGAGUGGCUUCCAUCUGGCCACUAUACCAUAAAGGCCUUAUUGGUGGAGUGCUGCAGAGAUGAUUGUUCUUCUGGAAGGUUCUCCCAUCUCCACAGAGGAGCUCUGUCAGAUUGACCAUCGGGUUCAUGGUCACCUCCCUGACCAAGGCCCUUCUCCCCCGAUUGCUCAGUUUGGCCGGACGGCCAGCUCUAAGAAGAGUAUUUUGGUGGUUCCAAACUUCUUCCAUUUAAGAAUGAUGGAGGCCACUGUGAUCUUGGGGACCUUCAAUGCUGCAGAAAUGUUUUGGUACCCUUCCCCAGAUUUGUGCCUCGACACAAUCCUGUCUCGGAGCUCUACGGACAAUCCCUUCGACCUCAUGGCUUGGUUUUUGCUCUGACAUGCACUGUCAACUGUGGAACCUUAUAUAGACAUGUGUGUUCCUUUCCAAAUCAUGUCCAAUCAAUUGAAUUUACCACAGGUGGACUUCAAUCAAGUUGUAUAAACAUCUCAAGGAUGAUCAAUGGAAACAGGAUGCACCUGAGCUCAAUUUCAUAGCAAAGGGUUGGAAUACUUAUGUAAAUAAGGUAUUUCUGUUUUUUUAUUUGUAAUACAUUUGGAAAAAUAAAUAAAAACCUAUUCACUUUGUCGUUAUGGGGUAUUGUGUGUAGAUUGAUGAGGGAAAAAAUUAAUUAAAUAAAUUUUAGAAUAAGGCCGUGAAGUAACAAAAUGUGGAAAAAGUCAAGGGGUCAGAAUACUUUCCGAAUGCACUGGAUGCCUCUCAGUGGGAAUCCCUUUUUCUCACAAAGCUGCGUUGCCUCUUCUAAUCAACAGAGGGCAGCACUGACCUAUCUAAAAGCAUGGAGGCGCUGCAGAAGAGGGUGACACGCCAGGAGAAUCUACUCCAGAAGUGUAAGGAGCUGCUGAGGACACACAAGGAGCGCAGUGCCCAGCUGACCAGCGAGAACGACACUCUGCAGGAGCAGCUGCAGGAGAGACUGCAGGAGCUGGAGAAAACCAAGGUGUGUUAACCAAUGUCGGUGGAGGGAGAAAUGGAGAGGAUGUUUUGUGAUAGUAUUCCAUAGCUUGAAUGGAACGGUAUGAAACACGCAAAUAAAGUUGUGCGAUCAUAAAUUAGCAAUAUUGCAUUCUGGCCAUUACAAUUAGCCAUUUUGUUUUACAUGGAUCUUCUAAUCAACUUUUUUGGAAAAGAAACACCCAGGAAUACACAUUUUAGAAGGCCAUUUUCCACAUAUGGUCACCACAGAAAUGGCCGCUUGUACUUAGUACACUGUAGUGUUGAAGGGAGUUCAUUAUAUGGGGCUGAAGAGUGAGUGUCAACCACAGAAUUCAACAGAAUACAUGUAUCUCUAUGGUGUGAACAGUAACACCAUGUUUCACAACACUGUCAUAAAUAAUCCAAUGGAGUCUUCAUGGUUUAGUGAUCAUGUGCCUGGUCUGUGGCUUCACUAUCUAUUUCUAUGACACACGUACACACACACACACACACACACACACACUCUAUCGCUCAGAAAGGGUGUGGAGCUUUGUCUUGUUAUGAUGCCCCAAAACCUCUGGCUAGAAACCAGAGAUGCAUCCCAAAUGGCACCCUUUUCCAUACAUUGUGCACUAUAGGGUGCUAUUUAGGACUUUUGGCUGUUUAGUUUGGCUGUGGUGUCUGUCGUUUUCACUAGCGGCUGUUGAGUGAUGCUGGGCGUUAGAACAGGCCUGUGAUAACAGACAAUAGCUCUGCACGAUGGGCAGAGGUGUGUGUGUGUGUGUGUGUGUGUGUGUGUGUGUGUGUGUGUGUGUGUGUGUGUGUGUGUGUGUGUGUGUGUGUGUGUGUGUGUGUGUGUGUGUGUGUGUGUGUGUGUGUGUGUGUGUGUGUGUGUGUGUGUGUGUGUGUGUGUGUGUGUGUGUGUGUGUGUGUGUGUGUGUGUGUGUGUGUGUGUGUGUGUGUGUGUGUGUGGAGUUGCAUAAUGCGCGUGCGUGUGUUUGGGUGGAGUUACAGGAUGUGUGUGUGUGUGUGUUGAACCUGGCCAGUGUCUGAGAACAGGGCUGUUCCUGUGACAGAAAGAGCCAGAGGUUAACAGGCACUCAGCUCUCCUAACCAGCAUGGAGGGGCUUGCUCAUCCACAGACACACACACCCUGUAAAACAGACAGCAGCUGUCUCCCAGGCCACCAUUUCACCUUUGGGAUCUUGUAUUUAUAUGGCGUUGUGGUCUGUUUCGUAUUUGUGUUAAAUUAUUAUUUGCCUUAUUGUAUGUUUUCACAGAGUAGUUUCAUAGCUACUGUGUGAGAACAUACAAACCACUGCUGCUAACCCAACCUAACCUGAUCUGUGUGUUGGUUUAGCUGGCCUUGUAUGCAGCCUCUGUUGACAACCGCCUUGUGGCUGUGGUGGCCGGGCCUCAUGGGUGGUGUAGGGAGACUAGGGAGCAGCUUAAGGAGAGGUGUGGUCUGAAGGGGUCACUCUCUGCCUGUUAUGCAGAAACAUUUUGGAACCUGUCUUGGUCCUUCCUUGUUUUAUUUAACCUUUUUCUAACUAGGAAAGUAGCCUGUUCCCAGAGCUGUUCGUGCUGUAUUCAUUGUUCAUUGAAACGACCAUAGGAGUUGGCUAUACAACAAAACGCAUAUGGGACCAGAUUACCAGGAAAGAGCCUGGAGGUUCAUGCGAGGGCAACCUGUGCAAUAACCUGAGCACGGUCCUGAUGAUUUAAACAAUAUGUUGUAAGGAAUGAUACAUCCAUUUGUAUGAAAUCUGAUGUUUGUACCCCUGCUUAAAGGUUAUGAGGAGUAGUUGGUUGUCUAAAUUCAGUUCAGUGUUAUUAAGAACAGUGCCCUGACAUUAACUACAGUGGUGCUCCUGUUCCUUUACUACAGUGGUGCUCCUGUUCCUUUACUACGGUGGUGCUCCUGUUCCUUUACUACGGUGGUGCUCCUGUUCCUUUACUACGGUGGUGCUCCUGUUCCUUUACUACGGUGGUGCUCCUGUUCCUUUACUACGGUGGUGCUCCUGUUCCUUUACUACGGUGGUGCUCCUGUUCCUUUACUACGGUGGUGCUCCUGUUCCUUUACUACGGUGGUGCUCCUGUUCCUUUACUACGGUGGUGCUCCUGUUCCUUUACUACGGUGGUGCUCCUGUUCCUUUACUACGGUGGUGCUCCUGUUCCUUUACUACGGUGGUGCUCCUGUUCCUUUACUACGGUUGUGCUCCUGUUCCUUUACUACGGUGGUGCUCCUGUUCCUUUACUACGGUUGUGCUCCUGUUCCUUUACUACGGUGGUGCUCCUGUUCCUUUACUACGGUGGUGCUCCUUUUCCUUUACUACGGUGGUGCUCCUGUUCCUUUACUACAGUGGUGCUCCUGUUCCUUUACUACUGUGGUGCUCCUGUUCCUUUACUACGGUGGUGCUCCUGUUUUCCUUUACUACGGUGGUGCUCCUGUUCCUUUACUACGGUGGUGCUCCUGUUCCUUUACUACAGUGGUGCUCCUGUUCCUUUACUACUGUGGUGCUCCUGUUCCUUUACUACGGUGGUGCUCCUGUUUUCCUUUACUACGGUGGUGCUCCUGUUUUCCUUUACUACGGUGGUGCUCCUGUUCCUUUACUACGGUGGUGCUCCUGUUCCUUUACUACGGUGGUGCUCCUGUUCCUUUACUACGGUGGUGCUCCUGUUCCUUUACUACGGUGGUGCUCCUGUUCCUUUACUACGGUGGUGCUUCUGUUCCUUUACUACGGUGGUGCUCCUGUUCCUUUACUACGGUGGUGCUCCUGUUCCUUUACUACGGUGGUGCUCCUGUUCCUUUACUACGGUUGUGCUCCUGUUCCUUUACUACGGUGGUGCUCCUGUUCCUUUACUACGGUGGUGCUCCUGUUCCUUUACUACGGUGGUGCUCCUGUUCCUUUACUACGGUGGUGCUCCUUUUCCUUUACUACGGUGGUGCUCCUGUUCCUUUCCUACGGUGGUGCUCCUGUUCCUUUACUACGGUGGUGCUCCUGUUCCUUUACUACGGUGGUGCUCCUGUUCCUUUACUACGGUUGUGCUCCUGUUCCUUUACUACGGUGGUGCUCCUGUUCCUUUACUACGGUGGUGCUCCUGUUUUCCUUUACUACGGUGGUGCUCCUGUUCCUUUACUACGGUGGUGCUCCUGUUCCUUUACUACGGUGGUGCUCCUGUUCUUUUACUAUGGUGGUGCUCCUGUUCCUUUACUACGGUGGUGCUCCUUUACUACGGUGGUGCUCCUGCUCCUUUACUACGGUGGUGCUCCUGUUCCUUUGAUGACUUGCAGAUUAAUCAAUGUUUUACUUUCAAAGAUGGUCCAUUAAUCCUUACCCAAAGAGCACCUUCCCUUCCCAUGUAUUAUCUGAUCUCUCCUUCCGUCUGUCUGUCCUCACUGCCUUCGCUGUUGCUUUGAUACCUUGCACAUUAACCCAUUUUUUACGUAUCUCCUUCCGUUUGUCUUGUCUACUCUACAGGAGCUGCACACCACAGAGAAGAUCAAGCUCAUCACCCAGCUGCGUGAUGCUAAGAACCUUAUCGAACAACUGGAGCAGGACAAGGUGAGUGAAGAGGGCUUCUUAAUGGGAUAGUUCACUUUUUAAACGUUUUUAACUUACCUAGUUCUAUUCUAGGGUGUUAAAAAUGCUAGCUAUGAGAUUCUGGACGUUGCUAAGCCAGCUAACGAACUUAAAAACUGUUUGAACUGUCCUUUUUUAAGGUUGGUCAUAUAUUUUGAUUGUCAGUGGAGGCUGGUGACACUUCCAAUCAGGUUCAUCGUAUUGGCUAGAAUGGAAUGAAUGGAAUCCUAAAACAACACAUGGAGACCAGGUGUUUGAAGUGUUUUAUACCUUUCCUUUCCUUUCAUUCCAGCCAUUACAAUUACCUCAUCCUUCGAUUGCUCCCUCUUUCCACCAGCCUCCACUAUUCUGGUCCUAACUUUGAGUGCCCCUUAAAUGUCCUCCGCACUGCAGUGAUGCUUAGUGUGAAUCUGUGAAAUAUCGACAUGUGUGUGCUAUGCCACUGAGUGCAGAGAUGUCAGAAACACUCUAUCCACGAUUAUUGCGCUUGACCAUUAACCUCUGGCUCUGCAGGAGAGGUGUGUGUGUGUGUGUGUGUGUGUGUGUGUGUGUACAUUAAUGCCAAACAUGAAAGUAGAGAGUUUUACGCACAUCCCCCAAAAUAAUAGAAUAACAAAUGUUCUCCAUCUGCGUCCUUGUCUUGGUUAGAGACAAUACCUGUCCGAUUGGAAAGACACUAUCAUAACAGUGCAGAUCAAAAAUGAAUGAAUGCUUCACAUGUCCAUUGAGGACCUAUUUGGAAAUAAACUAUAUAUACAAAAGUAUGUGGGCAUCCUUUCAAAUUAGUGGAUUCGGCUAUUUCAGCCAUACCCGUUGCUGACAGGUGUAUUAAAUCGAGCACACAGCCAUGCAAUCUCCAUAGAAAAACAUUGGCAGUAGAAUGGCCUUACAGAAAAGCUCAGUGACUUUCAACAUGACACCGUCAUAGGAUGCCACCUUUCCAACAAGUCAGUUCGUCAAAUUUCUGCCCUGCUAGAGCUGCCCCGGUCAACGGUAAGUGCUGUUAUUGUGAAGUGGAAACGUCUAGGAGCAACAACCGCUCAGCCGCAAAGUGGUAGGCCACACAAGCUCACAGAACAGGACCACCGAGUGAUGAAGCGCGUAGCACGUAAAAAUUGUCUGUCCUCGGUUGUAACACUCACUACCGAGUUCCAAACUGUCUCUGGAAGCAACGUCAGCACAAUAACGGUUCGUCGGGAGCUUCAUGAAAUGGUUUCCAUGGCCGAGCAGCCUCACACAAGCCUAAGAUCACCAUGCGCAAUGCCAAGCGUCGGCUGGAGUGGUGUAAAGCUUGCUGCCUUUGGACUCUGGAGCAGUGGAAACACGUUCUCUGGAGUGAUGCAUCACAUUUCACCAUCUGCCAGUCCGAUGGACGAAUCUGGGUUUGGCGGAUGCCAGGAGAACGCUACCUGCCCCAAUGUAUAGUGCCAACUGUAAAGUUUGCUGGAGGAGGAAUAAUGGUCUGGAGCUGUUUUUCAUGGUUCGGGCUUGGCCCCUUAGUUCCAGUGAAGGGAAAUCUUAACACUACAGCAUACAGUACAAUGGCAUUCUAGAUUAUUCUGUGCUUCCAACUUUGUGGCAACAGUUUGGGGAAGGUCCUUUCCAGUUACAGCAUGACAAUGCUCCCGUGCACAAAGCGAGGUCCAUACAGAAAUGUUUUGUUGAGAUCAGUGUGGAAGAACUUGAGUGGCCUGCACAGAGCCCUGACCUCAACCCCAUCGAACACCUUUGGGCCUAAUUGCCCAACAUCAGUGCCCGACCUCACUAAUGCUCCUGUGGCUGAAUGGAAGCAAGUCCCCUCAGCAAUGUUCCAACAUCUAGUGGAAAGCCUUCCUAGAAGAGUGGAGGCUGUUAUAGCAGCAAAGCGGGGGACCAACUCCAUAUUAAUGAGCUGUUCGACGAGCAGGUGUCCACAUACUUUUGGACGUGUAGUGUAAGUGUUUUCAUUAAUGUGCUAUCCUCUGGGAUCACAUGCACAUAUUGUUGAUAUACAUCAUGUAUUAUUUUAUUUCCGAAAGUAAAAUUAAAUUAAAUCCAAUCAUGGCUGUACCUUCAGGGCAUGGUCAUUGCAGAGACGAAGCGUCAAAUGCAUGAGACUCUGGAGAUGAAGGAGGAGGAGAUCGCCCAGCUCCGCUCCAGAAGCAAGAUGGCCGCCGCCCAGAGAGAGGAACUGCAGGAGCAGAAGGAAAAGUCUGAGAAAGCUGGUCAGUGGAUCUCCUCUUCUUCCUCUGUAACAAUUUGUAAGUUGUACAUGUACAGUAUCUGACCGAUGAUGUGUGUUUGCGCCUUCCCCCAGCGUUUGAGGAGCUGGAGAAGGCUCUGGCCGUGGCCCAGAGGGCUGAGGAGGCGCGGAGGCUGCUGCAACUCCAGCUGGAGGAGCAGGUGAAGGAGGUAGAGAGGGCUGGGGAAGAGGAGAGGAGGAGUCUGCAGCAGGAGCUCACCAGGGUCAAGCAGGAGGUGGUCACCAUCAUGAAGGUGAGGGACAUCUACUGUACUUCAAAAUACUAAUGAAAUACUCACUCAGUACUUAUGCAGUACUCAUGCAGUAGUACAUUUACAUUUACAUUUUAGUCAUUUAGCAGACACUCUUAUCCAGAGCGACUUACAGUUAGUGAAUACAUUUUUUUUAUUUUUAUACUGGCCCCCCGUGGGAAUCGAACCCACAACCCUGGCGUUGCAAACGCCAUGCUCUAUCAACUGAGCUACAUCCCUGCCGGCCAUUCCCUCCCCUACCCUGGACGACGCUGGGCCAAUUGUGCGCCGCCCAUGAGUCUCCCGGUCGCGGCCGGCUGCGACAGAGCCUGGAUUCGAACCAGGAUCUCUAGUGGCACAGUUAGCACUGCGAUGCAGUGCCUUAGACCACUGCGCCACUCAGGAGACAUAGUACACAAUCACUACUCACCCAGUACCAAGAGCAGGGUGUCAAUUCCAUUUCAAUCCCAGUAAAUUCACUAUGGGGCCGAUUUCUACCAGAUUUAAGCGCAUGUAAAUGGAACGUAAUUCCCUUUUUGAUGCAUUUUUCUCUCUGAGUAUUCAGAACUUGAAAUUAAGCAUGAGAAUAACAUGCUAUUCACCCACUAUUCGUUUCGGGGUGGAGAUCUAAGAUAUGAAGGUGUGGUGGAGUUUUGUCUACAGAUACGCUGUAUUCUGACCAUGACUUAACUCCCUGCAUAACUACAUAUAUAGUCAACAGCAUGCUCUUACCAACUGAACCACAAAGGACUACCUGUAUUACCCAUCCAUUGCAAUCACAUGAGUAUGUAAUAUUGUGUUGCUAUUUGUGUUGUAGAAAUCCUCGCAGGAGAAGAUGGCAGAGAUGGACAAGCUACAUCGUGAAGCACUGGCCAGUAAAGAACUAGAGCUCAGUUCUCGAGUCAACCAGGCCGUGGUAAGUUCAUAUCUUUAAUACUGUAUUUUUCCCUCUCUACCCGUAUACGGCAAAACAAACUCAGCUAUAGUUUUGACCAGAGUGUUUGAGGUGCAUGUUUAUGUAUAUUUUGUGAAUAUUUCUCCAGCACUGUCUUGAUGUUUCUAUUGCUGUUUUAUUGUGAGCGCUCUGAGUAAGAUAUCCAAUGUAUUUAUUACAUAUGGCAAAUAAACUUAACUUGAAUUGUGUGUUUGGUGUAGGAGCAGUGUAAAGAGGAGCUUGCCCAGGCUGCCAAGGAGAUGGAGCAGCAGUCUGCCCUUGCCCUGGAAGAUGCAGAGCUGCAGAAGGCUGCCAUAGAAACCGAGGCAGAGACCAAUGCUAAGGAAAUACGGCUGGAGUUGGAGACCGCCAGAACUGUAAGUGCUCAUGUUGAUUGUGUGGUUCUCGUCUAUGUUGGAGAGAAACAUGAUGCACCAUUAGGUUGAAGAGCAGAGUAGAUGGGUAGUGAACAUAAAGACUAAUGCAUUAUUGAUAUUUGGAAUUAGAAUCUUUUGGCGUUUAGCUACUCUAUCCAAAUAUGCUGCACAUUGUUGAUUCUACAGCAAAUAAUAUACUCUAAUGUAUCUAGAAGCUUUACAUUGUUUGGUUGAUUCUAUGGCAAACAUACAAUACAUACACAUCUCAUUACAGAAAGUACUGGAACUGGAGAGCUCUCUGGAAAAGUACUCCCAACCUGGGUCAGUUCCACCAUCAGAUGAUCUCUCCACUCAGAUGGAGGAGCUGAGGAGAAAACACGUGGAGGAGGUGACUGCACUAAAGGAGAAGCACCGUGAGGAGCUGGAGAAGCACAAGGUAGAGCUGCACCAGGAGGCCUUAGCCCAACACAAUGCUGCCAUGGAGGAGUUCAGUGCGAAACACAGAACUGAAGUGGAGACCAUCUUGAAGGAGAAAGAGGUCCAGUUGCAUUCCCAUGUAGAGGAUAUGAACCAGAAGACGAUGGAGAAGCUGGAUUUAAAACAAACUGAGUUGGAAGCCCUUUCCUCUGAGCUCCAGGAGGUGUUGAGGAGCAAGCAGGUUCUCGAGGAGAGACUGGAUGCAGUUGAAAAUGCUGGUGGGUCAGCCAGGCGGGAGCUGGAGCAGAGACUGCAGGAGGUGCUGACCAAGCACAGGGUGGAUAUUGAGGAGAUCAAGCUGCAGCACGAGCAGACCCUUGGAGGAAUGGAAAAGACGCUAAAAGAAGAACUCAACAAGUUGACAAUGGUGCUGAAGGAGAAAGAGAAGGAGCUUGAGGCUCACCUUGUCUGUGAGAAAAGGCUGAAAGAAGAAUCAGAGACGGUUCUUCAAGACCGGAAUGCCAAGGUUAAAGAAUUGGAGGAGCUUAGGAAGAGUUUAAAGCAGGCCCAGUCAGAAAAGAAGGGCCUUGAGAAAUCUAACGCCCAACUCAGUAAGAUCAGAGAUGAACUCUCACAGUGCAAGAGUCAGUUGAUAGACUUAGAGCAAAAACUGGUGACAACUCGAAGUGACUGCCAACAGAAAGAGGAAUAUCUUCAACAAAAGGUACAGGAGCUUGAAGAGCUAGAGAAGCAGUUGCAACAGGCUAAGAAGGAGCUCUCUGAACAGGAUACUUCUUACACUGAUGAACUGAACACUAAGCAAGAGGAAGAAAAACGACUAAAGAAACAGCUAGAGGACCAGAAGGCUGCUCAUGAGAAGGUGGAAAACAUUAAGACAGACAUAGAGGCCAAGUUGAAAUCACAGGAAACGAAGAUGGAGAAAUUUAAAACAAAGAACAAAGAGAUGCAGGAGAAAUUCAAGAAGAAGCUUCAGGAACAAGAGGAAUCUUCAAAAAAGGAGCUGGCAAAGAAGGAGUCAGAGCUACAGCAGAAGGAACAGCAAGUUAAAGAGAAAAUCCUGGAGUCUCAGACAAGUUCAGAAGGCCUGAGCAGUUCUAUGUCCCAGCUUGAGGCCAACCACAAGGAAGAAGUAGUGAAGAUGCGUGAAGUCCAUAAGCAAGAGAAGGAAAAGCUUGAGCAUCAUUGGCAGGAACAGCUGGGACAACAGGAAGAGGAAAUGCAGGAGAAACACACACAAAUACUACAGGAGAAGGUACAGGAAUUGGAGGAGGUCAUCCAGCAGCUUGGAACCACCAAAGAAGAAAAGGAGCAAGUUGUACAGGAAGUGAAGAACUUGAAGGAAGAGUUGGUGAUGAGACAGACCACUGUGCAGAAACUGCAAGCCGAGCUUAAGGAAGCGGCAGUCAAGAUGGAGAGUUUAUCUCAAUCUGAGGCGAUGUUCAAAGAGCAAUUAGAGGCGGUUGAGAGGAAUCUAAACACGGCUCUGAAUGAGAGGAACUCCUUCCAGGAUCAGGUAAGCAAGACUGAGGAGAAGGCAAGAGAGAAGAUCAAGGCUCUGUCUGAGAGGUUCGUAGACACCGAGAAGCAGCUUCAAGCUCUUGAGGCUUCUAAGGGUAAAGAAGGGGAGGCCGUUCAGAGAAGACUUGAACAACAUUCUCUUCAACUGGAAGUCAAGGAAAAAGAACUGCAGAAGCAGUUCACUGGGAUCAGCAACGAACUGAUGCGUUACUGCCGGGAAAUUGAGGCCAGCAUCGAAGGUGGUACGAAGGAACUCUCUGAACGAGUCGAGAGCAGAGUGAGAGAGCUGAAAGACAGGGUUCUGGGUAAUCAGAAGAAGUUAGCACAUCUUAAAAAUGUUAUCCUUACCAAAGUUGACAGGAUACACACUUUGGAGGGGCAACUCCAGCAGAGGACAGAGGAGAGUAAGAACCUAUUCAGUUCACUAGAGCAAAUGACUGUUCAGCUAAAUGUACACAAAGAUGAUAUCAAAGCCUUAACUGCUGAGAGGGAGUCUCUACAGAGGGAUGCUGAGAAUCACUCUCAAGCUCUCUCAGAAAAAGUAAUUUGCAUCGAACAGCUCAGUGAGGAAAACCGAACCAUCUCAGAGAAUGUCAAAACAAACGUUGUGCAUAUCAGCAACUUGGAGAGUAUCAUAAACAACUUGAAGACCCAGUUAGCAGGUAGCCUUACGGGGAAGGAUGAAGCCAUAUCACUGCUUGAUCAGCAGCACAAGGAGGAGAGACAGAGGCUUGUUUGCCAAAUGGAGGAGAUCAUUGACAGACUAGAGAAAGAGAAGAAAUCUGCAGUGGAGCAAGGCGACGCCCUCAGGAACAACCUCACUGAGUUCAAGAGGAAAGCAGAGUCCAAGUUCUCUCAGAACCACAAUACUGUCAAGUCUCUGCAGACCAGACUUGAGGAUAUGGAGAAACAGAUCUCUGAGAAGAACGAGGCCUUACAAAGGCUGACUGCCAGCAUCGACAAUCAGUCCGUCAGCAAGUCGGAGAUGGACCAAGCCUUGAGUGAAAAGGAGCAGAAAGUCAGUGCCCUUGCUUUGGAAGUGGAGAGCUGCAACAGCCGGCUCAGUGAGCUGGAGGAGCAGUUGGUCCUCAGGACGAAGGAGAGUGAGCAGCUAACUGCUGACCUGAAGCAGCAGCACAGUAUCAGGGAGAGCGAGAAAUGUGAGCUCACAGAUCGUCUACAACAGACCCAGGAGCCGUUCAGAACCCAAAAUGGAAAUCUAGUCCAGGCUACAGAGCAGAAACUGCAGUCCCUGGAGAGCGAGAACCAAACUUUGAAACAAGAGCUGGAGCAGCAGAGGGAAGCCUUUGAGAAGGCAAAGGCUGAGAUUCUCAAGAGCGAAGAGGAGAGUCUGAAGGCGGCUGAAGAGAGGUUUUCAAAAGACAAUGCUGGGAAAGUGACAGAGCUGAAGAAGAAAGCUGAGCAGAAAAUCAGCCAGAUUCGGAAACAGUUGACCUCACAAAUUGAGGAGAAGGAAAAGACCAUCAAAGACCUUCGGACACAGUUGGAAGAGGCCAAGAUAGAUGAAGCGACAAAGAAGCAGCAGGUGGAAACCCUGGAGGAGAAAGGAAAGUCCCUUGAGGUAGCCAUGGCCAAGAUGAAGGAAGAACAGGAGAAACGCAUUGAGGAAGUACUUAGUGAUGAAAGACUGAAAAAAGAGAGCUCUUUACAGAGUUUGAAGGACAUUUACAAAGAAAAGCUAUCAUCAGUUCAGAAAGACAUUUUAAACCAGGAGGAAGCCCUAGCCAAGCUGAAGGAAGAACAAGAAAAACAUAUUGAGCAGGUACAGAACGACGAGAGACUUGAGAAAGAGAGGUUGUUGGAGAGUUUGAAGAACAUGUACGAGGAAAAGCUAUUGUCACUUCAGAGAGAUGUUUCGAACCAGCAGGAGACGAAAGCAGAUGAGACCCUCUCAAGGCUUGAGGAGAUUAAGAUGAAGCUUAAGGAAGUGGAGGAGGAAAAAGUAAACUUUCUGGCUGAAAUAAGCUGCCUUAAGGAAGAUCUGAUUGAGAAGACUGCACUGAUCGAACAGCAAAAGACCGAAUUGGCUAGCUUAGAAAAACAGGGUACGAAUGCAGUGGAGGUCGUGGAGCAUUGCACUGCAGAGCAAACCAAGAGUCUCACAGCAGACAAAGAGACGGAGAACCACUCUCUGAUGCAGGAAGUUGGGGAUGCUGAAUCUCUGUCGUCCCUGCAGAAUAAGCUGGCAGAGGCGGCGCAGGAGAAGCAGAAGCUACAGAAAGACCUGCGUUCCCUGAGGAGGGAGCAUGAGCAGGACCUGGAGUAUGUGAAGAAAGAGUUGGCCCAAGAGAACAAGAAGAAGCUCAAGUAAGUUUGACCUAAUGGUUCUGCCUUAGUGCAGUCAAUCAGUCAAACAAACACAAUUAUAAAAAAAUAACUUUUUACAUCAGCAGUCACAAGUGUUUUACAGUAAAAGUGCAUUAAAGUAGUCAGUUGAGGUCAGACAAUAAUAAAUGCAUUCGUUCCCCUUUCCAUUAUUCCUUUUUGGUACUUCCUUUCUUUCUCUAUCCAUACUGUAUUUUAAAUUAUUCUCUCCCCAUUGAACAGGCUUGAGGUCGAGGAUCUGGAGAUGAAGCAGAACUCAUCCCUGAAGCAGCUGAUGAGGGAGUUCAACACACAGAUGGCUUUGAAAGAACAGGAGAUGACUGCUGCACUGAAGGAGACCAUUGGUGAGAGGGAAUCAGAGUUUUCUGACAAGCCGUUGCAUGAUGAGACACUGGCAGGUAUUACCAUUGAAACUUCAGAAAAAGAAAGUCCCAGCUUUCUUUUUCUACAGUUCACUUUCUGUUAGUUAGCACCUCACGAAGUUUUUCGGAAGUGCGUCUUACUACUUAUGCUACUAUUAACAUUUAGACUGUCAAUGCCAAAACACCUAAAUGAAUAUGCACAUAUGAAAUCAUUAUAUGUUAUAAAUAACGGUUUGUGUGACUAAAAUGGUCUAAGUUGUUAGUUUAUGCUUUCAAACUUCACCAAUACAAAUUCUUCAUUGUUUGAUCAUUUGUCAUGUAAUUGAGAAAAAUCCACAAAUGAAUGUGUAAUUGGUCCUUGUAGUAUUCAUUUGAAGUGUUUCCAAUAGAGAAAAUGAAAUGAGUUUUAAAGAUGAGUGACUUUUUAGACAGAGAAUAAUAGGGGUGAAACAGAGUUGGGAGAUGAUUGAAUUAGGAAACUGUCUCUGUCUGAAAGAAUCACCAUAUGUUUUCACUGUAGGACAGUCAUUAACACUGCAUUCCAAAACGGAAGUGAGUAACUGGUUUGUAAUAUGUGAACUUCAAGGUCUACUACGUGCUUCGUUUCUGGGACCGUAUUCAAAAACUGUCUCAGAGUAUUGAAUCUGAUCUAGGAUCAGGUCUAACCAUUUACUCAUUCGGUAUGAUCUAAAAGGCCAAACUGAUCUCAUAUCAGCAUUCUUCCUCUCCCUCCUUCUCUUCCUCCUCCUCUUUUCUCCUCCAAUCAGGGAAGGCCCAGAGCGUGGAGGUGGAGCUUAUGGACAGCCAUCGGGAGGAGACCAAUCAGCUGCAGAAGGUGAUCACCCAGAAAGAUGAUGACUUAAACAGAACAGUCCAACGAUAUGAGCAGGUCCUGCAGGUACAGUACUGUAUGAAUGAAUAGCACAUUAAUGUGUCUCUCGCACUUGCAAUAACCUAUACAGCUAAACUCUAUCACUACGUGAAUACAUAGCAGUUCUUAUGUAACUACAAUGCUAUUACUACAGCUAUUACUGUGUAGCAACAUGGGUAUAAGGCCAUUUUAAAGUAAAGGGUUAGAUUAAUUAUUGACAUUCAUCAUUACAGACAGACUGACUGGUUUGCUUUUAGAAAGUAGAUUACAAGUAGGAUUUACUGGUCCGACAUUGGGUCUGUGUUCCUCAGAGGAAUUUGUCCACUUGUGUUUUGUUUCCAUGCCAUGAUUCUCAUAGUAUUGUUAUACUGGUAUCGUCAUGACAACACUAUUCCAGACUAUAGUACGGAAACUCCUAUCAGUUCUUGACAUUUUUCAGCUUUGACCUUUAUAAGAAAAGGACAUGUACUCCACCAGUCAUCAGGAAACUAUUACUGACAUGGAACCACCUCCCUUCAGUCAGUCCCACAGAGAACUCAGCUAAAUGACAGAGACCUUCUGACUGUAGUGUCUGCUGAACGAUUUACAUUAAAGACUACUAGACUAAAUGAUGAUGUGUGUGUCUACCAUCUGACAGUCUGUUAAACGAUUUACAUUUGGAACUAGACUAAAUGACUAUAGAGGGAUAGUCUGCUCUGCUCAGCUAAGUAAACUACAAUAAAAGCUGUCUUCUGUCAUUUAUCACUGUCUCCAGACAUAAUGAAAGUGGGGAGGCCUGAAGUAGUGUAGCACUUGUUAUUUGACUGAAUGACAAUACUGUGUGGUUGUGAUAUCAGAUAUACAGAGAUGAAAGGCUUUUAGCGAAAUGCUUGUGUACCCCCCAAAAAAUGCAGACAAAAAAUAUAUAUAAAUACAAUAAAAUAAAUAGGGGAAAGUUAUUUGAAAGUACUGUACUUUUUGAGUACAGACUUGCUGUAUUUUGUAAGAGAGAAAAUGACUUGGCCGUGGUUGUCCUGUUCUUCCCAUCAGAGUCGAGAGGUGGAGAUGGGUGACAGAGUGUGGCAGGUACAGAAAGAGCUGGAGGACCUGCAGGCAAGGACCCACAGCGGCAGUGGAGAGGUACAGUAUCUCAGUUCAUACUGUACAUGUUUAUUGGGAGCAGCACAGGGUGAAGCUAGGAGUAGGGGUUUAAACGUAAAACCUUUUUAACCAAAUUGGGAUCCUUAAUGUUAAGAAAAAAUCCCUAACCAAAAAACUAUUAUAAUUUAUUUCUCACAAAAUUAAAAUCAUAGUGCAGUUAUCACAAAACUACCACUAACAAGUCCCGAUCAUCAUCAUCAUCAUCAUCAAGGGGAAAAUAAAAAUGAAACAAAUACUUAACGCAACAAUGCUGUAACGUUAGGAGUAGAAUUUGUAUUUUAUUUUUAGCUACUUUAUAAUGAGGGAGAGUGAGAGGCUCGAAGCAGAGCAGCAUCUCAAAUGUGAGUGACGAGUGGAACAGGGAGGAGGAGAGAGAUGGCAACCAAGUCGACUCGUGCUCGUAGACUAACUUAUUGCUAGUUAUUUAUCAUCUCAUCUGAUUACAUAGUACUGGCCUUGACUGCAUCAAACCGAGAGUAGUUAAGCUAGCUAGCUAGCUAACGUUUUCUAGGCUAGUUGAUACUACAUAACUUGAACUGUGCGCUUUCUCCCCUUCCGAAUCCAACAGUAAAUAACAACUCCUUUCAGAUGAUUAAGUAGCAGCCUAUCUGUUGGCUGUUGGUGUUGUAGCCUGUCCUUCUCAUUUUAAUUCCAACCUCCAUUGAUUAGUCUAGAUAUCUCCUAAUAGCUUGCCACACAGAGGCUCUAGCUCUGGUAAAAGCUACACGUACCACUCUCGUGAAAAGCAAGAGCACCAGCAGCAUAAAUUAUAUCAUUUUCUCUCAGCAGGAAGCGCGAUAUAGACCAUCUGCAUUGUGAAUUCACGUGGAAUCGUAUGAAUUUUGACAGAAAACCGAUAAUAAAAUGGCAGUUUAAACGUUAAGAACAUUUUUCCAUUUGUCACAUCCCUAGCUAGGAGCACAACUAGCGGCACAGGGUUAGCCGCAGAGCAGUUUGGGGGUUAACUGCCACCGCCCACUGGUUGCUUGGCUCACUCCUCCCAGAUUUCCCCUGUCAGCCCUGAGAUUCAAAACGGCAACCUUCCAGUUACUGGCCCGCCUCUCUUAACUUUUAGGCUACUGCCGCCCCCAUCGCUACAGGUUUACCGGUUUAUUCAUACUGUAUUUAAUUUACCCCCCGCACACAGGAUGUCGAAAGAGGUUGCCAUAUCUGUGGGAUUUUCAACCGACAGACACUGUGUGUCUCAAAUUGCACCCUAUUCCCUAUUUAGUGCACUACUUUUGACUAGAGCCUUUAAUGCCCUGGUCAAAAGUAGUGCACUAUAAAGGGAAUAGGGUGACUUUUGGGAAACACAUACAGCCCUGGAGGCUUCGCUUGGCUGGAUGACAUAUAGAAUGGGAUUCUGUUGAAGCAAUACAUUAAUGCAGCUUCCUGCUCGUCCCACUCACAAAAGACACACACACACACCAACUGCAAUUUUUGUUGAUCCUGCCUCUGUGGUCCUACAUUUGAAACACCUAUGUGUCUGAUGGAGGAAAGAUUACCGGUUCAGUGUGGAAAGCCAAGCCGAACCAAACCCAGACUUGGGCCUUGUGUCGAUAUAGGCCUACCCUCAGGACCUUUUAUAAGUUAUCUUAUUCAAAAGUUCAAACAGAGUUUACGUGCUUAACAGUUAGUGUCAGCUAUCUUCUGCUUUGUUGUGGAGUAAAAAUGUGUUUGUGUGUAUGUGUCUCUGUGUUUGUGUGUGUUAACAACAGUACCUCCACUUUAAUGACCUGAGUUACAUUCAAGGCAAUUGUCAAAGCGUGUUGCUUACAUAUUUAGCUGUAUUCAGGCGAUGGGUUCAAGUGAGGUGACUGGUCUCCAGAGCUAGCCGGAUGCUCUGAGGAUUUCUUGAAUCAGACUGGGUAGUGUUCUCUUUUGGAAAACAGGUUUAAAGAGGCAGUACACCCCCUCUUCCAUCCUCCAUCCAGACCUGGGCUCAAAUACUAUUCCAAAUCUUUCCAAUACUUUAAGUUUUUUUUUUUUUUUUCAGCCUGCCUGGGGUGCCAGAUGGGCGGAGGUUUUGUGACUAUUCUAUUGGUUCCAUUUCGCCAGGCAAGCUCAGUCAAGCCCAGAUAAAGUAUGUGAACGUUAUUAAAUAUUAUUCAAACCCAGGUCUGGUACACACGAUCCAUCCUCCAUCCCUGUUCCCAGUUAACCUCAGAGAUAUUUGUGUCACAAAUGGCACUCUAUUCCCUAUAAGUAGUGAGCUAUAUGUGAUUGGGCGGCGCGCAAUUGGCCCAGCGUCGUCCAGGGUAGGGGACGGAAUGGCCGGCAGGGAUGUAGCUCAGUUGAUAGAGCAUGGUGUUUGCAACGCCAGGGUUGUGGGUUCGAUUCCCACAGGGGGUAUGAAAAAAUAUAUAUAUAAUGUAAGUCGCUCUGGAUAAGAGAGUCUGCUAAAUGACGUAAAAUGUGUAACAGGGUGCCAUUUGGGAUGCAGUCAUUCUCUGGACUGCGAGUAUGCUUAUAAAGGAGGGCUCUCAGGAAGACUGCUGCGUGCAAGAGGGGAGGGAGGUGUAGAAGAGAGAGCAGAGAUGUACGAGAAAGAGAGAAGUUUGACGGUUACAAAUGUGUAGACAGGGUGCCAUUUGGGAUGCAGUCAUUCUCUGGACUGCAGAUGUAUGCUUUAGAAAGGAGAGGGCUCUCAGGAAAGAACUGCCUGCUGGGCAAGAGGAUAGAGAGAGGGAGAUGUAGAGAGAGAGAGAUGUGGGAGAACGGGGGUAGAUGAGAGAGAGUAGAGAAGUGUCUGAGAGUUGAGAGGAGAGGGUUUAGAUGCAGAGGGAUGGAUGGUAGAGAGGAGAGGUAGAGAGGGCGGUGGAAGGUUGUGAGAGAGAGAAGGAGAGAGAGAGGGGUGUAGAGAAGAGGAGAGGAGAGAGAGGGUUGUUUUUUGAGAGAUGUAGGAGUAGAGGAGAGGUGUAAGAAGAGAGAGAGAGAGGGUUGUAGAGAGUAGAGGAGGGAGAGUUGUAGAGGGAGAGUGAGAGGAGGAUGGUUUGGAGAUGAGGGAGAGAGAGAGGGUGUGUUGGAGAGAGGAGGGUGUAGAGAGAGAGGGGUGUGAGGGAGAGGUUGAGAGGGUUGUGUAGAGGGAGAGGGGUGUUGUAGAGAGAGAGGAGAGAGAGGUGUUGUAGAGGAGGAGAGGGUUGUAGAGGAAGGGAGAGAGAGGGGGGUGUGUAGAGAGAGAGGAGGGGGUGGUAGAGGGAGGAGGGGGUGUAGAGAGGAGAGAGGGUGUGUAAGGAGAGAGGGGGUUUUUUGGGGGGGUGGGGGGGAGAGGGAGGGAGAGAGAGAGGGGUGUUGAGUAGAGAGAGAGAGGGGGUGUUAGGGGAGAGGUGUGAGAGAGGAGGGUUUGAGAGAGAGAGGGUAGGGGGGUAGAGAGAGUGAGAGGAGAGGGGUGGUGUGUAGAGGAGAGAGGGCGGGGUGUGAGAGGAGGAGAGAGGGGUUUGUAGGUUAGAGGAGAGAGAGGGGUGUAGAGGGAGGGUUUAGAGAGGAGAGGGUGUUGUGAGGAGGAGGUUGAGAGAUGAGAGAGGAGGGUUGUGUUAGAGAGAGGAGGGGUGUAGAGGGAGAGAGGGGUUUGUGAGAGAGAGAGGGGGUGUAGAGAGGGGGUUGUAGAGGAGAGGAGGGGGUGUAGAGAGGGUGAAGGGGUUGUGAGGAGGGGUGGUUUUGUGAGGAGAGUUUUAGAGAGAGAGGGGGGGUGUGGGUGGUUUUUGGGUUGUAGAGAGAGAGGGGUGUAGAGGGAGAGGGGGUAGAGAGAGAGGGAGGGGGUGGUGUUGUAGAGAGAGAGAGGGGUGUGAGAGGAGAGAGGGUGUAGAAGGAGGAGGGUGUUGGAGGAGAGAGAGGAGGGGUGUAGAGAGAGAGAGAGAGAGAGGGGUGUAGAGAGAGAGAGAGGGGUGUAGAGAGAGAGAGAGACAGGCGGGAGAGGGAGAAUGAAUACGCAGCAGGGAAGUGUUAUCCUCCAUGUGUUGUGGUGUAAAGAGACCCCCACAGACUAACACCCACACACAGUCACGCACACACGCCAGAACGCAUACACCACAUCGCGCACACACACACACUACACAAAUACACACACACAAUGAAGUGCAGCUCUUUUCUCAUUCACCUCGCUGCUGCAUAUUUCCAAGCUGAUGUAAUAUCUUUGUGGGGUUAUACUCAGAAAGAACUACCCCUAUUCAGGGCCUCACAGGCCACUCUCUACUCAUGUAGAUGUCAGGUCAGUCGCUCUGUCUCCAUGCUUUACAGACACUGUGAAAUAGAGCACUCACAUGAUGCUCCUAUUAAAGUCACAUUAAUUGUAUUUAUCCAUCUUUCAGGUUAAUCCCAUUGAGAUUGGAAUUGCUGUUCAAGAGAGCUCUGAAACCAUUUUCAAACCAUUUUCCCAUUUAGGAGGAACGUCCAAAACUAGACCUACAGUUUCUUUAACGCCUGUAUUGAUUUGUUGCUCAUGUCUGUUAUUGAUGAUUGUGUUGUAUUGAUUCAGAUGGGUGUAGAGGAGCUGCAGGCCCAGCUAGCUGAGAAGACCACCCUGCUGAGUGAGGCCAGGCUGAAGGAGCAGCAGUUUGCCGACAGGGUGAGUGUGCCAAGCCGGACCGUACUCUUCCAGCUUGGAUGUUUUUUUUGUUUUUUUCCUUUAGAAUUUUCUUCAUUUAGCAGACGCUCUUAUACAGAGCGAUUUACAGGAGCAAUUAGGGUUAAGUGCCUUGCUCAAGUGCACAUCGGCAGAUUUUCCACCUAGUCAGCUCGGUGAUUCGAACCAGCGACCUUUCCGUUACUGGCCCAACACUCCUAACCGCUAGGCUACCUUUCCAUUGUAGUUCCAGCAACUAUGGUGGAGGUGUUAUCAGGCCAGCACAGUACAGCUUGGCUCAGCUAUGCUCGGUAGUGGGAAAAGGGCAUCAGUUGGCCUUGGUCUUUCAGUCUCUGUCAGGACAGUACAGUACAGGACAUCCCUCAUUUCACACCACUGUAUUCCUCUCUUCCUUUCCAGGACUCUUUCACCCUCUGACCAUCCUAUCUGACUGUUAGUCUAUCUUUCUGGAUUAAGUUAAUUACAUAGAACAUCUGUUUAUUCUUGCUGUAACCUUAUAAACAAUUACCCUGCCCCUUCACACUGUUUCUCUCAUACACCUCUCCAUACACACACACACGUACACACACACACACACACACACACACAUACACACAAACACUAUUUCUCUCACACAUUUUGUCGACAGAGCAUUCUCCAAAUAAACUAAACCCUGGAUGACCAUAGAAGGCAAGUAGAUUGUUAUUCAUCUCCCACAGACUGUUCAGUACAAGUCAUUUUAAACGAACAGAACCACUUGAAUAAAAUGGUAACACUUUACUAAGCCUGUAGGUAUAACACUUCAUAAGUUGUUAUAAGCAUGUAUAAGUUUAAUUAAAGUUGCAGACUUUAAUUAAAGUGUUCCCAAAAAAGAAUCCCUUUUUGUUGAUUUUGUGCUUUUUUUAAUCAUGUAUUUUUCUAAUAUACUUUUCCCCUUCUAGAUCCACUCACUGGAGGACAAGAUGAGAUGUGUCCACAAGAACUCAGUGGUGACUCAUAUGGGGAGCACGUUCAAAGGUAAUGUAAACGUAAACAUCUAUGCUACUUUAAAUAUAAGCAUCUAUAUAACAGAGGCAUUCUUUCCUCUGGUCUAUAAAAAAUAUUCCAAUGCCCCAGGGCAUUGAUUGGGGACAUUGCCCUGUGUAGGGUGCCGUCUUUCGGAUCGGAUGUUAAACGGGUGUCCUGACUCUGUGUUCACUAAAGAUCCCAUGGCACCUAUCGUAAGAGUAAUCUGUCCCUCGUACAAUCAUGGCCACCUAAUCAUCCCCAGCUUCCAAUUGGCUCAUUCAUCCCCCUCCUCUCCCCUGUAACUAUUCCCCAGGUCGUUGCUGUAAAUACGAAAGUUCUCAGUCAACUUACCUGGUAAAAUAAGGGUAAAAAAAAAAUUAUACACUACAUGACCAAAGGUAUGUGGACACCUGCUCGUCGAACAUCUCAUUCCAAAAUCAUGGGCAUUAAUAUGGAGUUGGUCCCCCCUUUGCUGCUAUAACAGCCUCCACUCUUCUGGGAAGGCUUUCCACUAGAUAUUGGAACAUUGCUGUUGGGCGAUUAGGCCCGCAAUCGACGUUCCAAUUCAUCCCAAAGGUGUUCGAUGGGGUUGAGAUCAGGGCUCUGUGCAGGCCAAUUAAGUUCUUCCACACCGAUCUCGACAAACCAUUUGUACAAAGCGAGGUAUGGACCUCGCUUUGUACACAGAGGCAUUAUCAUGCUGAAACAGGAAACGGCCUUCCCCAAACUGUUGCCACAAAGUUGGAAGCACAGAAUCGUCUAGGAUGUCAUUGUAUGCUGUAGCGUUAAGCUUUCCAUUCACUGGAAAUAAGGGGCCUGAACCAUGAAAAACAGCCCCAGACCAUUAUUACUCCUCCGCCAAACUUUACAGUUGGCAUUUUCGUUAUGUAUCUUAUUUAUCACACCCGUACAGCAUACAGAUACAGAGCCUUUGAGCAGAAAAUCUGUCAGACAGAGCGAGAGCUGCUACUGCAGCAUCUCAAACGGCAACGGAAGACGGGCUUCAUCACUUUGCAAUGAGCUGGAGGCAGUAGGCUAUGCAUUUUGAAGACAUACUUCAUUGUUUGAAACCUGAAUGUUUUAAAAUGUAUUAUGAGUCAUGUCUUACCUUGCUUCAAAGUAACCUUUUAGAUCGCCUCUUUUUCUAAAUUUGUGAUGGAUAUUUUAAUCUCUGUCACAUGAAACCGCUCACAUGUGCAGUGCCCUUUUGACUACAGUGUUUUCUGAUAAUUGCUUUAUUUACGUUUACAUUUUAGUCAUUUAGCAGACGCUCUUAUCCAAAGUGACUUACAGUUAGUUAUUUUUUUUAUUUUUUAUACUGGCCCCCCGUGGGAAUCGAACCCACAACCCUGGCGUUGCAAACGCCAUGCUCUAUCAACUGAGCUACAUCCCUGCCGGCCAUUCCCUCCCCUACCCUGGACGACGCUGGGCCAAUUGUGCGCCGCCCAUGAGUCUCCCGGUCGCGGCCGGCUGCGACAGAGCCUGGAUUCGAACCAGGAUCUCUAGUGGCACAGUUAGCACUGCGAUGCAGUGCCUUAGACCACUGCGCCACUCAGGAGCUUUAUGUACCGAACAUUCACGUGUAGCGUACUGCCUUGUGUGCAUUGCUGUGCUUAUAAUGUGAAGAAAUAAUAGUUUAUCAACAUUUUAAGCGAAAUGUUCUGAUCUGUUGCAUCAGACUCUCUCAUUGCUUUUUAAAGUUUAUUUUUAUGUAGUCUAGGCCUGUUGGUUGUAUGAAUUUGGGAUCGGUCUUCCCACAACUGUCCCAGAGUCUGUUUGGAACAGGCUGUUUCUCGACAAGCUGACCAAUAUAAUAGGUAAACUUUUCUACUAUGGGGGAUAGUAGAUUGACAUAGGCUAGUGAUUUUGCGCUUCGUUACUCGUCUUGGCUGAGUAAAAGUAAAUGUGGCAGUUAUUCUAACAUCUUCAAAGUGCACAUCAGAGUUCGGUAAGAAGGACCGCACAUCGUUGCAUCCUCGAUUUGUAUGUUCUGUUAAUAAGAAUUACCAUAAUCUAACUGAGAUUUCUGUCAUUCUGAGCACCGUGGGUGGACACCCUAAUCAGGUUAUGCGCCCAAUGCAUAUGGAUCCGGCAGAUUUCUCAAAUGUCUGGUAAAUUAAAAUGUUGCCGGUCAAAUGUCCAGCGCCAUAUUUUCCUAACGGAAACACUGAUAUGGCUUGAUGUCAUAUGCCAAUGGAAGGGCAGGAAAUUCACCUGUCUUCCUUAUUUAAGAGAUAAAUGUAAACAUGUUCAAGCCAGUUUAAACUAAAAGAUGCCACAGACUGGGCAUGUUAUUGAUUGUAGUAAUAUGUGCUGCGUGUGAGCGAUAGUUUGACUAGUAGGCCUACGUCCCAGCUGUGCUGCAGACUCUGUGGGAGAAUAGUACCUCUUACAUCACUGCUAUUAAUCUGUCAAGUCAAUCUGUGAACACACGGCACGCACCGUUGAACAUGGAUAAAAAAUAUGGGACAGGGGUCGCAGGGUUUUGAGAGAGGGUGUAGCGGAGGGGGUAGGACAGGGGAGGACAGGAUAGAGGAGGGCGGGACUGUUAAACUAAAUUCUAGCCUCUUCAUGGAGCUUCCCUGCUGGCGUAAUAAAGAGAAUCGGCUGUCGGAAGGAAAAGGGGGGCGAGGAGGUGGUAGGGAGGCGGGGGUGAAAAUUCAUCCCAGGACAUAAUGGCUUUUGCAGGCUACAGUCUUGUGAUUCCCACGCAAAGAAAAACGUAACGCACAGCACACGGCCUCCCUGGCCUCUCCCCGUGCCUCCUGGCCUCCUGGCCUGAAGUUUCACCAUUCAAUUUCAAACGCUCUCUCCAACCCGAGACACUAGUAGUCCACUCUUUUUGACCUCAGUGAACAACCCUCUUGGCCAGGUCACGUCCUAACCUCUCCCCUUUAUGCAUACCCCGUUACUUCAUACUCCAUAGCUUCUCUAUUCUAGCUGCAGAGAAGCCUGCUGGUCCAGUGACUCACUCACACCACUGUUGAUGGCCUCAUCAUAUAUUAACACCAUCUCAAUAUGGCUUCUGCUGUCUUGACCACUGUGAAACCCUAAUAACAUCACUGAGCUGAGCUGUACUCAGCCAUAGUUGUUGGUAAUGUGCUAAGGAACAAUGUGAAAACAUAAUUUCCAUGCCAGUACAGAUAGUUUAUAAACCACCUUAGAGUAAUGGCUCCUGGUCAAGAGGCAAAUGAGGAGUGGUUCCAGGUAGGGGCUCGCUGCUGUGUUGUGUAGAGUGUGUCCUCAGCUCCCUGUGUCAGUGUUACUCUACUGUGGGUUCAUCUGGGCUACCCUACCCGGGGUCUGGAGGUCAGGAGGACAGAGGGCUCAAAGGAUUUAUUAGCCAGGCCAUUUCUCCACGCCUGAUGAUCAAAGACUAG